AUGAGUGGCACACAGUCUGCAAUCACGGACAGGUCAGUAUGAAUAGUGUUUCUGUGCACCUUCUACAUUGGCAGCUUGGAGUUUGGUCGCAUUUUAAGUUUUAAUAUUGCAACAGUGGGAAAGGUGCAAAGGUUGACAGCCUUGAGUAAAUGAGGUUGGAAUUUACUUUUUGAGUUGGCAAGCCCAGCUUUGAUCUGAUGAUGAUCAAACCAUCUGGGUUAGGUUCUAAAUGGAUUCAGAUAAUAGGGUUUUCAAGGCUGCUAGUCACUUGGUCCAGAUGUGCGUUCUGGUAUACUGUCGUAAUAGGGUUACUUCUUGAAAGUACGGUAUUUCCUAACUUCAGUGAAGGGGCUGUAUAGACGAUUGCUCCAUCUUGGGGGUGCAGAUGUUUAGUGGGCAGGUCAUUUUGAGUGGAGCUGGAACACACUACGUAAUAACCUAACCUAUUUCUCAGUUGGCACGGUGGCAUUCUUCAGUCUCAUAGUUCCUGGCACCCACUGUAUUUAUUUGGAGCAUUGUAUUGAGUUUGGACUUAUAUUUUGUUCUUCAAAAUGGGAUGCUGAAGUGUCUGCCUUUACAGUAGAUCUGCUGUAGUUGGCACAUGGAAGCCUGUGCUUUCCCCUCUUCCUCUCCUCCUUCCCCUCUGACUCAUGUUGCUUUCCCUCGCUUCUCUUUGCAUCCUAUUAAACUGCAACCCCACCCCAUUUCCUCCCAGCAUUUGGUACUUAAUGAUGCUGACAGUUCUAGAACCUAGGAUAUGCCCUCUUCAUCUGCAGGGAAGUCCUGGUUAUCUGGGACAUGCAAUAUGUUGAGUUUAGAUAAGAGGUUUCAUAUUGUGUUUUUAUUAUUAAAGUCUGCUUCCUCCUCAUUAAGUACUAAAUUAAAAAACAAAACAUUGGAAGCAGCCAUCACUUUGUAUUUUGGAGUUUGGAUGCAUAAUCAUAAAGAAAAGGAUGCGGGGAAUGAACUUGACAGCUGCUUUUUCUUUGGCAAGUAUCUGUUACUCUUCUGGAUAGGAAUAGUGUUAGUUUGUACUUCAUCACCCAAUAACAUAGGCAUUACAAGAAGUGAAGUUUGGUCCAAAUGUUUGGCCUUGUGACUGCUGCAGCAGUCCUGAAGAGUUUAUUUUGUAGAUGAGUCAUGGAGUCAACAGGCACAUAAUCCAGCUCUGUUGAUUAUCUCAGACAAUUUUCUGGGUUCCAGAGCUGGCUACAGAACUGCUAAACAUGCUGCUUAUUUAUGCUUCUAAAAUGUUGAACCUUUUCUUUAAAAGCAGCAGCAGACUCAGUUUAAAUGCAUAAUUGGAUUUUGAAUGCAUUUUCUUGUUUGAAUCAUUCUUCCAGAAAAAUGGGAAGAAUGCUUUGGAUUUUCUUGUACAGAGCAUGUUCUCCAAGCUCUAAUUAUCUUCCUACAAAUCUUUUUCGAGCUUAAAAAAUAAGAGUGUAAGUGUUUUGUUUCGGUAGCUUACUGGAAGUUCUAUUAGGCCAUUCAUUUAUUCCAUGUUAUCAAACAGGUUUUAGUCAGCUAGUAACAGAUCUGAAUAGCAGAAAAAUAGGCUGCAGGUGAGCAGUUAUAGUGGAGAUGGUUGGUUGCUGAAACAAGGCAUUCUUUUUAUAAAAAUUGACAUGUUGUCUUUUUAUAUUCCUUGUCUUUUUAAUGUACACAUUCAACUUACAGUAUUAGCAACUACUUGCUAAUGGUGGUGAAAGCUAGCUUUCUGUCUUCAGCCUAGGUGUGCUGUAUGACAGGAAUCUUAGACUUUUUAUGCCACCCUGCUUGACCUCUGUUCUUGAGCAACUUCUUUUCUAAUGGUGAUAAGGUAAUUGUUUUCACUUUCCGACAUUCACUUUCCUAAGCUUUGACUCUGAACAUGAUGCUGCAUGAAUAUAUGUCUGCUCAGUAGUUUACUCUGCUCAGAAAACACCAGAUAAAUAAUGACUUGGGGACUGUCCUAUGCUUUAUUUUGGUAGGAGACAGAUAAAUGAUUCUCUCCCCCCAGCUUUUUUGUUAUUAUUUAAGAAAAAGAAAUGAACAGUUCUGUUAUUCCUUAAAGUCAGCUUCAAGCAUAGUGCUUCGCAAUGUUGUUUACUUGCAAUGUAUCCAACCUGGCCUUGGUUUGUCAUGGACAUCAAUCUUCACUCGUAAGCUGAUUUUUUACCAAUUACUCUUGAAGUUCUAGAGAUGAACUGGCGAGAAAGGGCUAAUUCCCCCAUGUCUUGCUUAUGGACCUCCUAUAAGAACCUGGUUGGCCACUGUGGAAAAAGGAUCCUGGAAUAGAUGGACUUUUGGCCUGAACUAGGAGGACUCAUUCUCUUUGAAAUUUAUUUCUUACAUAGUGCUAAUUUCUUCAGUCUGUGUUGGAUUAAGCAGGAUAUAGUUUUUCUCUCUGCUUUUUUAAAAAACAGAGGUUAUGCUUGCAGGACAGGUUGCAGAUCAAGGUCUAGAUCUGUAUGUCAACAGUAACUUUUAUUUCCUAUUGGCUUCAGAUCUGAUUACCAGUGUUGAUGCUCUUGUGAGCAGAACUGAACCUGCCCAUUCUUCUACUUGCAGCUUUUCUAGUUAAUGUCAUUUAUGAUGGUGAUUUUUGCCUUAUAAUGAUCAUGCUUCCUAUAUGCUAAGAUCAUCCAAAGAGACUUUGCUUAGGUCAGUUUUUUGUGUGUGUGUAUAUAUGUGAAGCCGGGUAAUCAGGACUUUCAUUGAAGUAACACUUUUUUCAGAAUUCUGGCUCUAGGACUAGUUUUGUCAUUAUCUUCUGGAAAGUAGUUAAGAGUAAGACAUUUUUAUUUCAGCAAUAUAUUGGAAGGUGAAACCAAUGCAAUUUAGUCAAGUUGGAAAUUAAACUACCCACAGGUUGUUUUUUUAAUAUAUAGCUUUAUGGCUCUUUUUAAAAAAUGUUUUGUUUUGAUUAACUGAAAUAUUGUUGUUAAAUCUUUGUGUUAAUAUUUAUAUAAUUUAGCUGCCUCAAGGGCCUUCUUAAAACUGCAGUAUAUGGCAGGGUUUGAAAAAUGUGUGUGUGUGUGUGUGUGUGUGUAUCUAUAUCUAUAUAUAUAUCUAUCUCCACCUAACAGUAGGGAGACUCAUGGCAAAUCUGUUCUCUUUGCCCUUUUAUUUUAUAUAUAGUAAAGAAACUUGGGGGUAGGGGUUGAACUGUUUAGAAUGUGUUUUGGAACUGACUUCUUCACAUUUUCAGUUUUCAAAUACUGUAUCUGCUUAGAGCUUAGUAAUUAUUUUUUAUCACAAUGUAUCUUCCGUCCAUAUACAGUGGUGCCCCGCAAGACGAAUGCCUCGCAAGACGGAAAACUCGCUAGACGAAAGAGUUUUCCGUUUUGGAGGUGCCUCGCAAAACGAAUCUGCAAUGGGCUUGCUUCGCAAGACGAAAAUGUCUUGCGAGUUCCUGGGGUUUUUUCCUUUUCCCCCUCUUUUUCUAAGUCGCUAAGCCGCUUAUCUGCUUAUCUGAUAAGCUGAUAAGCUGCUAAAAGCCGCUAAAAGCCGCUAAAAGCUGCUAAUAGCGCUAAUAGCGCUAAUCCGCUAAUCCCAUCAAUGGGCUUGCUUCGCAAGACGAAAAAACCGCUAGACGAAGAGACUCCCAGAACGGAUUCUUUUCGUCUUGCGAGGCACCACUGUACUGAACUAUAUUAUUCCUCUGUUUUGUUCAUCUUCCGUCCAUAUACUGAACUAUUUUAUUCCUCUGUUUUGUUCAUCUUUGUAGUAUGUUUCUUUAAAGGAAGCUUAACAUCUCUCCUUAUCUCUUUAAAUGUUACAGAAGACUAUUCUGUAGUUUAAAUCUUUCAUUGUAAUUUAAUCUUACUGUAUCAUGAGUUAUAUUUAACAAAUUUUGUUUAUCCUGUUCCUCAAGAGUGUGGAAUCAGCACACCUAUUACCCUCAGUGAAUAUCACUGUAAUCUUUUCUUACUCAUGCACAAAACUUGCUCCUUUUUAAUUUUUUCACCUUUUUUUUAAAGUCAUACCAAAUAAAUGUGAAGUCUUAAUGACUUCUGGCGCCAUUCUUGGUUUCCACUGAGUUAACGGUCAACAUACAGAUUUUCAUGGCCAUUGUCUUUGCAGUUACAUAACAAAGAUAGAAAACAAUAUUUUUGGUCUCUGCUGUCUGAAAGCAGGCAAGCGUUGGCUUUGAACAUCCUAUGUUUUGCCAUUUGUGGCAGGCGAUACAUGGGUGAGUGGGAUAAAGUGUGUUUUUCCUUCAUUGCUGAGCAAUUUGAAAACGUUUAAGAUGAUCAUGAUGACUCGAAUGCAUUGUGUUGCAACAACAUAGAAACGUCUGGAUGUGCCUGCUUCCCUUUUUUGUCAAUCUAAUUAACUGCAUUUAUUUUCAUAAAUAAUGUUUGAAGCUACGAACAUGAGUUUGACCAAGCUGCGGGAGGCAGUGGAAGACAGGAGUGCCUGGCGUGCUCUGGUCCAUGGGGUCACAAAGAGUCGGACACGACUAAAUGACUAAACAACAACAAUUUUCAUAUAGCAUUGCCAGUCAUUGUCUCACACAUUGUGUGCAUUUUUUGUGUGUCCUUAGAAGGUAGUGUGUCCCAUGUUUAGCAAUCGAUAUCUUUUCUUCCAGCAUGUUUUUGUUAAAGUGAAUUCUUAUAAUAGCAUCUAAAAUCCCUGCUACCAUGAGUGAAAUAAGUGUUUGUGGAGAAUUUACACAAUUACUUAAACAAGAUUUCUUAAUUGUUGUUUUCCUUCACCACUAGAUGCUAAAAUUGACUCUUUCUAAUUUGCCUCGUAUUUCAGCGUAUGCCUGCAUAAUAAUAGUGACAUCUAAAUGGGUGGAAAAUAAGAAUUGUUCUGCUAAGCACAACCAUUUUCUGUGAAAUUCUUAUACUUUGUUGCAGUUGCUUAACUGAAAAGUUGUAGGUAUAUAAAAGUUGUGCAUACUUCUCAUUUUGCUAAUUUGUAGUGCUCAGACAUUUAAACUAUAUUUGUAGCAGUCUUUUUAGCCAAACAUUUCCAGUCAUCAGGUUAUCUUUUUUUUUUUUAACUUGUGUUGCUUAUCACUGUAAAGUACCUAUUUCCAGGUUAUCUGGAAACACAUUAAAUGAUGGUAUAUACAUCAGAAUAUAAAGAAAGAUAUUCUGUUUCAGUGUGCAGUGAUAAUUCAGACUGUUAGUGGCACUGAUUUUCUCUGAGAAGAGACAAGCUAUGCCUUUUUGUCCUCCCACCUAGAACAUUCUUAUGCUGCUUUUUUAAGCACCACAGCCCACUGUGUCAAACGGCAAGCUGGGUUUUUGAUCCAUUGUCAGAAAGGGGUCUAAAUACUGACAUUUCAAGAGGCAACCUCUCGCGCUUCCCAGACAGAGGGUCUGGCCAGUUCUGUUCCAACAUUUGUGUCAAACAGUACAGAAUGUGAGUAUUUCAUUAAUGAGAUACUCCCUUUCCCUCAGCGGAAGCUGGAAGUGAAGCAACCAGUUGUUCCACCCAUGAAAUGAUACAAAUGAUACAAACUGCACUAGCUGGUAUGACCAUAUACUUAGUCUGAGCUUUCCUUUAGUUAUUAUUUCCCCCCUUCAAGUUGGAAAUUUUGAUCAUUAUUGUUGGUUAGAACUAGACAGUUUCUUCAGGCUUUUAUUCUAUCUCUAGCCAAAAUUGGAGCUUGCUUUUCUGGUUUUGAAGAAAGCUGUGGGUGCCAAGGUAAUUGCUUGGGUGGAGGCGGGAUACUGCUGGCCAAAUGCAUGUAAUCCUUUGGUUGCACUGAACUUACUAUGACAUAAAUUAGUAAUGCUAAAAGGUUCAAGGCGGUAAUGGAUACCAAGUUAUUUUCAUUCCAUCCAGUACAUCAUAUUUAAAUCCUGCCAAAGUCUGAAAGAAGCCAAUUAGGAGUACCUUAUAUUUCAAAUUGGAUAAUAGUCGGAAUGGGGAUAAAUGAGAACUUCACAAUGACAGCCAAUACACUGGAGGGACAAAUAUUUCUACCAUUUCUUGUACGUUAGAGCUGCUUCAUUUCAUCAGAAUUCAGUGAAAGCCUGUGGCGUUGCAUGCAGGAUUCUCUUAAGUGUGACUAUUGAUUCAUAUUGAUUUAUACACCAACUAACAACCUUGCAUAGACAGUCAAACUUAGUCAAACUUCAAUUCCUUUCUAUAUUUUGAUCAUCAAAAUUUGCUGUGGAUCUGAUGUUAAAACUAACUAGAUGGGCAGUGGUGAUUCCUUUGUUUAAACUGUGAGACACACUUUUUGUAUAAUCAAACCUAUAGCUGGUACUGCAUGGGUAUAUAUAUGUGAAUGCUGCACUAAAAAGUAUUGAUGCUUUAUAUGCGCCAUAUUUUAACAGUACAACCUGAAGCGUAUGUAACCCGAGGUACCACUGUACUAGAAGAACUCAAUGGGAUACCAUUUUCUAAUGCAACCAAGGUGCUGGUUUUAACCUUUAAAGCAGUGCAGUGGGGCAGCCAGUUGGUGUCUUCCAGAUACAGUAUUGUGGACUCCAGCUUCCAUUAUUCUUGGCCAUUAACUGCAUAGCCAUAGACUAAGACUGAUGGAAGUUGGAAUCUACAGCAUCUGCAGGGCACCACACAAACGAAACAUUCCCUCUUGCUUUGUGAGGAAUUGCGUGUGUGUAAACAGACAAGCAAUUACGCAUUUGUCACUUGUUUUGGAAUAAUGAGCUCUGGUUAAGGAAGGUGGAGAUGCAAAGUUAAAAACAAAGCCCCACAACAAAAUCUUUAAUAUAUUGCUUAAUGUUAUAAAAGAAGAAAUGAAAUUUAUAUGACGGCACCCUUUUUAGAAUUCAACAUUUCCUUACUGUAUGUUAUGAAUCCAAAGGUAUAGCAAAUGAGGAUGGGAAAUGGAAGUCUGUCUGAUCUUAAGACAUGCUUAUUUUAUUUUGCUUCCAUAGGGAACAUCUAGUAAGUUUCUGGCGCUAUGUAAAUAAAUGAAAUUUGUUCCAAAACAUUUUAACUCUUGAGCCACAUGCAUUUACCCUUUACUUGGUGCCAUUUUCAGAGACACUUCAUUUAUAUAUUGUUAGUGAACUCAGUUCUAGAGAUGUGUGUGUGUUUUAAUUAAUUUGUAGCCUACCUGAUCUCAGAGGUUCUGGAGAAAAAGAUGGGCCACUUUACAAUCCUGAUUUAUGGCCAGCAGAAACAUGUAUUGCAUAUGUUUAGAAAUUAGAAAGGUAAGCAGCUACCAUUUCUUGGCAAACACUUGCAUAUUUCCUAUCCCAAUGCUUGAUUGGACUUUCCACUCCCCCAAUCUGUAGCUUUGUGUUCUGUAGAACAACAAGAACUUCUACAAUUAACUCAAAGCAGUAAAUAAGCAUAGAAAUGCUUCCCAAUGGAUGGAAUAGUUGUGUAAACAUUUCAAAUUCCCAAUCUGUGCAGUUCAUUCAAGUUCAUACCUUGUUUCUGUGUAUUUAAUUUGCGUAAAUCAUAGAAUCAUAGAGUUGGAAGAGACCACAAGGGCCAUCGAGUCCAACCCCCUGCCAAGCAGGAAACAUCAUCAUCACGUUUGUCAGGUGCCCUUCAGCUACUGAUGGCCAAAGUAUUGCUGUCUCUGUUAGAAACACAUUGUCCUCUUUAGGAUUGCAACAGGAUAUACUUACUGACUCGGGAGAUGCACUUUAAGCUUCUAAACUUGUUUAAACAGCUCAGUGAAAUUAUGGCUUCUCUGUUAAUGAUCUCAUUGGGGGAUGUAGCAUGAAGUGCAAGGUGUGAAUUAACCAGAAGGGCCUCUCAGUGUGGAUAAAGAAAUGGCAUGUAUAAACUGCCAAAGGGAGAACUGCCUAUCUUUCUGCCUGUACUCACAUGAAUGAGGUGUGGCUUUACAAGGGCAGCGCACUUGGAACAGUUUGUUGCACUCCUGAACUAAAUGUGUGAUGCAAAUAAAUUUGACUUAUUCAAGCAGUUUUUAUUGUAGCAAUGUGUCCUGGUCUGGCCAAAUAGUUCCUGUUUGUGUAGGAAACUGAUCUCAGACCCUCUCUAUUCAUAGUCUUGGUUUAUCAUGUCACAUGGCAUAGUGUUUGGAUAGCUUCCAAUGUUGAAAAAUUAAAGCUGAUGGUAAUCUAUGAGCAGUUUAGGCAUGUUUUUUGUGGAAUUUCGAAUGAGCCAGUAUUCGAAGGUGCCUGGAGGAAGUGUUAUUGGAAUCUGGAGGCAUGAAGAAGGGUCAUUUGAUUUUUGGCACCAGAUGCAGGCAAAGGAGGGGGGAUACAAGUUUGGAGAGACUAUAUAUAAAAAUUGAAAGAAAUUGCAGGAUUGCAAAUUCAUUCAUGUUUGGCUGUCAAAAUUAAAACAAGCAGUAGGUCUUGGGAGCAUACAGAUUUCUUUAUACUCUGGUUGUGGUGCUAGGGACCAAUUUAUGCUCCCUGCAUGUAGAAAAAUAAUGCCAGAGAGAAGGAUUUGGCAUAUCUUUUUCACUGGUACAUAUUCAUUUUCUGUACAUGAGUAUACAAUAUACAAGCGCUCCCACUGCAACUGAAGUGGUACUUUACCACUUGAUUCUACUGAUUCUAUAAAUUGCCACUCCAUUUAUUAUAGCUAUUAUGCACAUUUUAUCCUAUUCAAGACUCUUUGUAUAUGAGAGGGAGAGGAAGACUGAGGAUGGGUAUCAUAAGCUUAUUCAAAGUAUUUAUUUGCUGCUGUUUAGAUAUUUACCAACUCAUUUACGCUCUGUUUUUGCAAGGUAGGAUACUGAUGCUACCAGAAACUUGGAAAGGGUGAUAUUAGCCAUUAACAAUCCAACUGCAUACACGAAGUGAUGAAUAAGAUACAGAAGGCUACAGAACUUGUAAAUAGUCAGAAAUAAGGAUUAUUAUUAUUAUUGAUUAAAUUUGUAUACUUUCCUUUACCUGCAGAAUGGCUUCAGCUGCAGAAUUUUUAUGGCUUUUCUGUCUGGGUGAUGUCAUUGAUCACUAUAGUACAGCUGAAUAGGAACAGAAUAGUAAACCUCAAGUUUGUAUUACAGGACAGUGGGUGGAAGAGAGAUGGAGCUAUCUUCAUAUUGGAAAGUGCUAUAUAACAUUUUGAGUCAAUUUGAUUUGUCACAUAAAAUGAACAAUAAUAGAUCCAUAAAAUGAAGUGUAAAGGGAAUUGAUCUGCCUACUUCCUGGAAGUAAGCAUGAAUUCUGGGAUAGAGGACAAAGGAAUCUCCUUGGAUCUUAUCACUGAUAGCUGCACAUUUCAAACUGGGGACCCACUGUAAGCUUCUGGGGGAAAAAAAGCUGUGGUUUGCCUUCUGCUGUGGUUUUUUGUGGUUUCAAAAGCGGAAGUGGCUCUUGUGGGUAAUGAUCUGAUCACAUUUUGUACCACAUGUGUUAUUUCUGUUUUUAUUGGCUGGUUGAGAAACCAUUACCCCAGGGUGGCUUUUAUAGACUUGAGAUGUUUUUCAGCCCAUGUGGAAUUGAUGCAUUAAAGUAUCCAGAGUUUUGUCAGUGAAGCUGAAUUUGUUGCUGAAGUCAUACACGCUACAAUUAAAUGUCACAGUAGACAUGAGAGUGCUUGGAUGAGAUAUAGAAAGUCGUGUAGGGUUCUGGUAUAAAAGGAAAAUGUUUUAUUGUUGCCUUGUUGUAACAGCAGCAAAGGGUACCGUAUUUUUCGCUCUAUAACACGCACCUGACCAUAACACGCACAUCAUUUUUAGAGGAGGAAAACAAGGGGAAAAACAUUCUGAAUGAAACAGUGGAUGUAUCAUUUUUGUGCUUCAUGCUGUGGCCACAGACAUGUGAUCUGAUGGUGAAUUUGGGGUGACCCAAUGCAAAGAUCCUGAGGAUCCAUGUGGAUCCAUGCUUUGUAACCACGUUUUUGCACCAUUGCAGCCCCAGGCAACAGUGGGUGUGUGAUUUUUUUGGUGCAGGCUGUAGCAAUGGACAUGCUAUGUGAUCUGAUGGUGAAUUUGGGGUGACCCAAUGCAAAGAUCCUGAGGAUCCAUGUGGAUCCAUGCUUUGUAACCACGUUUUUGCACCAUUGCAGCCCCAGGCAACAGUGGGUGCGUGAUUUUGGGGGUGCAGGCUGUAGCCAUGGACAUGCUAUGUGAUCUGAUGGUGAAUUUGGGGUGACCCAAUGCAAAGAUCCUGAGGAUCCAUGUGGAUCCAUGCUUUGUAACCACAUUUUUGCACCAUUGCAGCCCCAGGCAACAGUGGGUGCGUGAUUUUGGGGGGGCAGGCUGUAGCUAUCGACAUGCUAUGUGAUCUGAUGAAUUUGGGGUGACCCAAUGCAAAGAUCUUGAGGAUCCAUGUGGAUCCAUGCUUUGUAACCACAUUUUAAGUGGGGAGGGAAGGAAAAACACAGAAGGGACAAGGAGCACGAGAGGGGUGUGCAGAGAAGCAGCUGGCUAAGAAUGCAGGAGAGGGGUAUAACGGGAGGGAGGAAAGGAAGGCAAAAGGAAUUAGAAGGAAGGACGCUCUGCUUUCCCCUCCUCUUGCCUGGAGGGGAGGGGCUUUCCCUGCUCUUUGUUCCGUUUGAGCAAACACAGCAACGAAACACAGGGGGUGGGCAGUAAGACCCUGAGGCAGAAUGCAGGAAAGCAGCCGCUUCCUCUUUUCAGGUUUCCCUUCUCCGAGACGCGCGAUUUGAUUUUUGCCUCGCGCCAGUCGGCUCCAGGGACCACACAUUCGCUCAAUAACACGCACAGACAUUUCCCCUUCCUUUUUAGGAGAAAAAAUCUGCAUGUUAUAGAGAGAAAAAUACGGUAAGUUAACAAAAUAUUGAGAUUGCAACCUUUACAUCUUUACAAUAUAACAUGGAGGUAUAAAUGCCUCUGUAUACACAUAAAAUUACUUUAGUGUGGAAGCCAAUGCUCUGGUGUGAACACUGAUUUUUAGGAACAUAUUAUAAGAGCUGUCCCCUCCCUCACCCCUAUGUGGUGUAAGCCUUAUUUGCCAUAAGAAAAUUUUGUCUUGGUUUACCUGUUUCAGGGGCUACCAUAUCCCUUGCAAGUUACUCUCCUGCACUCCAUUCCCUGCUUUUAUUGUUGGGGAUAACAAGCAUUUUAUAGUGGUACCUCGGGUUAAGAACUUAAUUCGUUCCGGAGGUCCAUUCUUAACAUGAAACUGUUCUUAACCUGAAGCACCACUUUAGCUUAUGGGGCCUCCAGCUGCCGCCGCACCGCCGCUGCACAAUUUCUGUUCUAAAGUGGUCUUCAGGUUAAGAAGUAUUUAAGUGGUACUAUUUCUGGGUUAUCGGAGUCUGUAACCUGAAGCGUAUGUAACCUGAAGCGUAUAUAACCUGAGGUACUACUGUACUUGUAGCAAGAUCUUAUUUCCAUGGAACUCUCAGAAAAUCUUGUGCAGUAGAGGAGUAAUAACAGUUUUUGCCUGGCUUUGAAAACAAGUUCACAAAAGUUAUUAGCCCAUUUUAAAUUUGCUUUUAUUAGGUGGCCCAUACUCUUUGUGACACUGAGUAGCCUUCUGAAAACAUCAAGAAAAAUAUCUCCCAAGUUUUAGCUAUAGAUAAUAAGUUCUAAGAAGAGUUUGGAUUUGAUAUCCCGCUUUAUCACUACCUGAAGAAGUCUCAAAGCGGCUAACAUUCUCUUUUCCCUUCCUCCCCCACAACAAACACUUUGUGAGGUGAGUGGGGCUGAGAGACUUCAGAGAACUGGCCCAAGGUCACCCAGCAGCUGCAUGUGGAGGAGCCGAGACAUGAACCCGGUUCCCCAGAUUACAAGUCCACCGCUCUUCAACAUUCUCUCAUACUUGAUGGUUAUCAGUUAAUAAGGAAACAUACCUACUUGAUGAUUUUCCUAUAUGGUGUUUCACAUCCCCUGAAAUUCUAUGUGCUCUUUGGGAAAAUCAGAAAAUAAUAUCUCAACUUUUGGGGAUAGGAAGCUGGCAAAAUAUAGAGGAGCUUCCAGCUGUGGUGACUCAGCUCUCCCAUUGAGUGUGGAAAGCUUUUUCAAGCUGUUUGGCCUUUCUGCAGGCUGACAUCCUUUAGCAGUUUUGCGUAGUGGGUAGGUGUUGGGCAAAGGUGCAGAAAUAGAUAUGAUGUGAAAAUGUCCCUUCUAGAAGUGUUCCUUAUUCACUAAUAAAAUAGUAGAUAAUUAAGCUUUGAGGAUGAAAACUAACCUUGCAACAAGUUGCUGUGAGUCACAAGCAGUUUGAUGUUCUCUGCUGUAUUCUGGAAUGCAGCCAGUUGACAAGAAUCCCAUUUUUACAUCAAUUGUUCCAUAGCUGCUGGAAGUUCUUUGUUUAUUUACUCCUUUGACAAGAACAUCAGGAUGACUGAGACAUACUUCUAAAAUCUUCCCUCUCCCUAUCAUUUGUUUGCAUUGCAGGGAAAUGGUUCCUUCUGAUCUGCACUGUGUUUCCUGAGAUACUGAAACGGUGCUUAGUCUCCAGGCCAGCUGCUGAUUGAAUUGUACUGGAAGUUCGUAGAAGCUUACAUCAAUGUAAAAACAUGCCUUUUGCCUGCCUGUCCUGGCAGUGUAGAGUAGGCAGCUUUUGUAGAAACCCUUCUUGCUUCAUCUAAGUAUUGAGGAUUUAUUCUGAAUUCCAUUACUGAACGAGGUAGAUUUCUUAUUUAAAUCACCACUUGGAUCAAAUUAAUCAGAAAACCAAGCAAGAAAAACAGCAAAGCUAGCUGUUAGUGAGGUAAAAUGACCAGAGAGACGACUGGGCUUCUGGUGUUUGUCGUCAAAGCAGGACUGUUCUUUUCAGGGAUUUUCCUAGGUAGAAGUCUGCUCCCUAUUUGUUGUAAAGGCCACUAAUGGGACCAAUAGUUAGUCAUUUUCAUUUUGCUGGGAGAUGCAUAGUGACAGAAUCUGUGUAUAGUAAUACCAUUGGCAGCUGGAAUUUCCCAGAGUUGGUUGUAUGUCUGUAUCAAUCCAUAUACUGGAUUGUGUGUGCCUGAGUGCACAUUGGGAUGGUGGUGGUAUUGUUGUAACUGUUAAGCAGAUUGGUAGGGGAAGCUGGAGAUAAUGGUAAUGUACAGUUUCUUUGUCUUGUUGAGCUCUUCCAGGGACGCUGCACUGACUUGGUCUUUUGAAGAGAAUUGUGUUGCAUUAGUAGUUUCCUUACAUUUUUUUCUUUGCCAAACAUUGAUCAUGUGCAAAAUGCAUAAUAGACCAAAAGACCCCUUGGUUACCAUCUCAUGGGUGAAGAAAAGGUUUCAUCAGUAUGUGAACAAUUAUUUAUGUUGAACUAAAUUGACAUGUCGGUAAUAAUCAUUCUUCUCUCCUUUUGAAAUAAUUUAAUGUUUGGUAUUUUGAUUAAAAUUAUUUAAAAAUUCAAAUCUGUGCUGAACAGAUCUUACCUACAAAAUAUUUCUCCAGAUCUGAAUUAACUGGUUCUGAAUACUUACUGUUGUGGAUUUUGAUGACAGUUCAUUUAAGAUUAACAGUGUGGAUUGCACUCACAAUUAAAAAAUGCUUUGGAUUUUCCCCAUUAGUACUGGGUGUUUUUUUAAAAAACAAUUCUAUCUAUAUAUGGGUAUAUAUGUCUCCUGUUUUUCAAGAUGCAAAUCCUUCCAAGGUGGCUGAAAUGGUAACCUUAAAUAACACUUUUAGAAAACACAAUAAACAGUAUUAACAGUACGGUAUAAAGUAAUGAGAAUCCUUCACACAGGACAGGUGGUGGUUGGAAGGCCCAGAGAGAUAGUCCUGCUAGAGCAGAUUCUUAGGUGGUCUUGUCCUCCCUCUCCUGUGUUGUUGUUGUUUAGUCGUUUAGUCGUGUCCGACUCUUCGUGACCCCAUGGACCAGAGCACGCCAGGCACUCCUGUCUUCCACUGCCUCCCGCAGUUUUGUCAGACUCAUGUUUGUAGCUUCGAGAACAGUGUCAAACCAUCUUGUCCUCUGUCGUCCCCUUCUCCUUGUGCCCUCAAUCUUUCCCAACAUCAGGAUCUUUUCCAGGGAGUCUUCUCUUCUCAUGAGAUGGCCAAAGUAUUGGAGCCUCAGCUUCACGAUCUGUCCUUCCAGUGAGCACUCAGGGCUGAUUUCCUUAAGAAUGGAUACGUUUGAUCUUCUUGCAGUCCAUGGGACUCUCAAGAGUCUCCUCCAGCACCAUAAUUCAAAAGCAUCAAUUCUUCGGCGAUCAGCCUUCUUUAUGGUCCAGCUCUCACCUCCUGUAGAUCAGUAUAGUCAUAUAUUUAUAACAUACAUACAAGUACGUUAUAGGAAAGUGGAAAUUUAUAAUUGAUCAGUAUAUGUUCAAGAUGAGAACACUGCAGACAUUGGGGAUAUUGAGGAGACGACUGUGUAAAUGACUAUUUAUUCAGGUAUUGUUUGGUCUAAAUCAGCAGUGUGUCAGGCUGAUUCGGUUAUUGGUAGAAAUGCAUGACUUUUCUCCCCAGGCUCACAUGAGAGUGACUUGGAAACUAAGCCAAGCGAGUUUCACUCCGUUUUCUUUAUGGAAGAGUUACCCUGUGGAGGAGAGCUUCAGCUAUGGGAAAAAUAAGAAGAGGGAGAUGUGUUCUUUUUCUCUUCCUCCCUUUUCUUUCUUUCUUUCUUCCUUUCCAGUAAGUGGAGGAAGGCAGACCCUGGUGGACCUUGCAAAACCUAUUGUAGAGGUGGAUUUAGGGCAGUGUGACUGGUUCCCCUGCACAGGGUGCCGAGCUGAGAGAGUACCUUCCUGCCUCCUUCCCAAAGCCUAGUAAGUGCUGGGCUUUGGGAAGGAGAUGUGAGGACUCUGCAAGGUCCUAGAAUCUUCCUUACUCUUUCUUACGAAGAAAGCGUAGUUAGCGCUUGCCCAGCUUUUGGAAGGAGAUGGGAGGGCUCUAGGACCCUGACAGAGCCUCAUGCCUCCUUCCCAAAGCCUGGUGCCUUGCUUAGCCAGCUUUGGGAAGGGGGUGUGUUGGCUGGGGGUGGGGAGCAAAUGUUGGCCUCGCACAGGACACCAUAUUACCAGUGUCCGUGCCUGGCGGUGGGUGCCAGGACCUGUCUUCCUGUUGUGUUCCAGCUGCACUAGAAAGGGUACAAGGGCACAGGGAUUGAUUCUCCCUAUUUUCACAGCUUUUUGUCCUUGCUACUGUUGCCAGAUGUCUUUUUUUUAAAGGGUUGGGAGGGGCUCUAGUCUGGACUAGAGAAGGACUAGAAUACAGUGGUACCUCGGGUUACAUACGCUUCAGGUUACAUACUCCGCUAACCUAGAAAUAGUGCUUCAGGUUAAGAACUUUGCUUCAGGAUAAGAACAGAAAUUGGGCUCUGGCGGCGUGGUGGCAGCAGGAGGCCCCAUUAGCUAAAGUGGUGCUUCAGGUUAAGAACAGUUUCAGGUUAAGUAUGGACCUCCGGAACAAAUUAAGUACUUAACCCGAGGUACCACUGUAGUCCAUAGAUAGAAUUUUAAAGAAUAUUUUCAAUUUUCCUUUCUGUAAACUGCUUAGAGGUUGUUUUAAUUGAGUAAGUGUUAUGCACGUUUUGUUAAGUAGGGUAGUGCAGAUGCACAGCCCAUCUUUGACUGCAACAGUAUAAUGUGUUUUAGAAAUCUCCAGGAGAGGGGAAACAUUCACAGAUUCAUAAACUGGUUGCUGAUUUGAAGAUCAACAUGGUGGCUUAAAAAAAAGUUUCACAAUUUUUCUACACAUGGCCUCAUUUAGUAAGGUGAAUGUUCACAUGGUGAUCUACGGUGUGUAGUUAACACUUUUCAGCUCUUCACAUCAAAAGAAUUCCAAGAAUUAAUUUUAAAAUUAUAACUAGCCGAUCAGAGUUCAGUGGCAGAGAAUAGCUGAAUUUUCAUUGUUUAUCCUCUGGACUAUGCAGGUUCUUGGUUCCAUUAUUAGGUAAGCAAUCAGACUAAAUUCAAGAGUCUCUGUGAAAACAUAUUUAAAAGAAAAAAUGGAGUAAUGACAAAAAGUUAACCACUAUAAUUGUUCAAACUCCCCCCCCCCCAUUUGCAAAGCAUUGUUUUGAGUAGCAGUGCAUGUUACUGUUAAACAUAAAUUUGGGAGGUGACACCAGAAGGCCUGGAAAAAAAGACUAUUGAUCAUUUAUUGGCUUGGAGGGGAAGGGAGUGAAAUUAUCAGUGUGGAAAAAAGUCAAUAGCUUUAUCAGUGACAGAAAAAAAAAAAAAAGAUUAAUGUGUGACGAGUGGGAAUCAGAAGGUCUGUUGUGAGCCUCAUAUACUUUCUGGGCUUAAAUUUGCUCAUUGGUCUCCAGCAUUGAGAUUUGAGCAUCUGAAGUUGUUUUCAGGCAAUGGAUCUCUGUGUUUUCAGAGGCUGGGAGAAUGAAAAUAGGUACCGUUGUUUUUUAUUCUGUAUCCAUCCUAUUGCUUUCUGAUAUUGGGUGUGUGCAGUUCUAGACUUGUAAGUACCCAGAUGUAUAGAUUUCAAUUAGAUUUAGGCAUGUUAGUCCAUAUAGUAGUGACCUGCAGUGUUCUGGGCUGGUGCUGAAGAUAGCAUGGGAUUGCCUGUGGGACUUCUAAAAUGUUUUUUGCCAGUGCAGAUAUCCCCUGCCAAUUGUUCCAGAAUUAUUGGUAAGUACUGAAUGAAUAAAUACUUUACAAGUACCUUGAUCUAGGUAGGUGCAAUAGAUGAUUUAAUUCCUGCCAUUAUAAUCAUCUUGCAACUUGUUCUUGUUGCCUUAAUAGUUAGCUCUUUUUUUGUAGUUUUUAAGUGGUACUCACAAAAAGCCUGUACUGGAAUUGCCUCUAAGAUUCAUCAUGUUAUUUGAGCUGCUGCCUUUUUUCUUUCUUUCUUAUAUCUGAAGUUUCUCUCUAUUAAUACUAUACAGAGAUCAUGAACAGCAUAUGAUGUGUACAUUCUCAGGUGGUUUAAUAAAUGAAAAAGAAAACCGUAACACUGUAUGAUAAUUUGAAGUGAAUGUCAGAAUGCUUCAAGUAGCAAGCACAGCAUGGUUUUAUAAUGUGCUACAGUCUAGACUGGAUUAAUAUCAUUUAGUUCAAUAUUCAAACUUGAAAAUUGCUGAGAGUCUAAGUGGGCCGCUUAAUAAACUUUUCCUCACUUUUACUAAUCGAAGCAUAUACAUCGUGUAUAUAAUAAUAGAAAAAAACUUCAACUCUGGCUUCUUGCAGCACAACUGGUGUUUUAAUUGUAAAAUUAGUAGAUUUUAAUAUGAAAAUCAAAGGCUCUAAGCCAGGGCCUUAGCAGCCUGUUUGAUAAUUUGGCCUUGUGACAUUGUAUGGAAACAACUUGACAUGAAGGACUGAAAGCACUGUAACACCAUGCUUCCCAGCCCCGUUCUAACCUGCUGAUUCAGGAAGAUACUAUGGUCAAUGGUAUUGAUUUCCCAAGCAUCUCUUGAUGGUGUUCAGCAGGGUCACAUUCAUUUCAUUACCAGACACAACCAAAAGGAAGUUUGGAAUUGUUCUAACUUAGGGGUAGCUUACGUUGUACCUUCCAGAUUUUUUGGACUACAACUCUACUGGCUUGGGUUGAUGGAAAUUAUAGUCCAAAAUAUUUGGUAGCCAUCCAGUUGGCUACCCCAGUUCUAAAUAAUCCGCUCCAAACAUGAAUACUAAGGUGAUUCAUGUUUAUUGCUCCCAUCAAUGUCAAAAGACCCAUAGAUUCAAAUUCUGAACUUUUUUUACAUUGAGCAUUAUGGGUUUUGAAAGCUUGCAUGAAUUAAAAGAAACUGUUCAACUUUUUCACAUGUUCAUUUAUUCUGUGACAGAUGUUUCUUUUUUUUAAUGCAGAAGAUGGAGGAAUCUGAGGCUAGUGAGAAGCAAGAGAAGUUGGAGGCUGUGUUGUAUAAAAUACCUUGCCAUUGCUUGGUAGACACCUAGCUUGGCCAAAAUAUAUCUUAAGAUGCUCUGCAUUCUACAGCAUUUGAAAUUACUCUUCUCAAAUGAAAUGUGAGAGUUUCUAGUUUAGUAAUCUAGACUGAUGUAGUAGCAGUUCUCUCGUAAGUUUUGCAGAUUCUCUCCCCUCCAAUUUUAUUUUAAAAACUGGAGAAAAUUGAGAGGCAGAGAAACUCCCCCAACCCCCCCCAAACACACACACACACACAAACACAGCCUUUACUCUUAAGAUGCAGGAAGUGGCUGAUAUGAACAUCUAUAUAUUUUCUCUUCUUGCUAGCCCUUUCCACUUCAGUCUGUUGGACUGAUUGCUGAUGUUUAGACUCUUAUUCUUAAACUUUUAUUCAAGUGUUACUGCUGACACCUUGUCUUGGUCUGAUGUGUUGAGACGCUGAACUUAUCCAAGACUGCUUGACAAUCUGUGGCUGUGCAUACUGUUGAACUGAUACAAAUCUUUGCAGAAGGGAAACCAGAGACUUUUUAGUGUGACCCAGGACUGUAGUCACUGCACUUCAUCUUCCAUUGGUGAUAAAGCUUCCGUUCCUCGGGGACUCCUCCAUAUCCGCUGUGUAGAGCUCUGGGAAGCUGCUCAUUUCCCAUGCCUGGCUCCUUAUUUGGGGUAAAGGUCUGUGAAUUCUGCGUAAAUAUUUACCAUAUCUUGUUCUGAGCAGCAGGAGAGCUUCUUGUGUUGUUUUUUCAAGAAGCUCCAAUUUGCUUGGUUUGUUCUUGCACGGGAUCAUGCCUCUAGUAAUCUAAAACAGGAAGGAGUUCCUUUAUUAGCAAACAGUGUGUGAAGAAAAGCAAAGGCCAAAUUGAAAAUGAAAAGACCUUAUAACAGAAAUAGCAGAAAGAUAAGCAAGGUAUAAGUCUGAUUUUUAAUGAUAUUUCCCAAGAUGAGAAGUUGAUUUAACUUAUGUCCCCUAAGACCAGUGCUUUUAGUAUAGUGGAACCUUUUCUUUGGAAUGCAUUCCCAAUUCAGUGUUUGUCAGACAGACACCUACAGUAUAGCACUUAAAUACCUGUGUAGAACUAAUCUUUUCACCCUUGCUUUCCCUGAGGGCAUGAUUCAGUUAUGUUUUAACCUGAUCUACUGAUCAGGGACACGGGUGGCACUGUAGGUUAAACCACAGAGCCUAGGGCUUGCCAAUCAGAAGGUCGGCGGUUUGAAUCCUUGUGACGAAGUGAGCGCCCGUUCCUUGGUCCCCGCUCCUGCCAAUCUAGCAGUUUGAAAGCACAUAAAAGUGCAAGUAGAGAAAUAGGUACCGCUCCGGCGGAAAGGUAAAUGGCAUUUCCGUGCGCUGCUCUGGUUCGCCAGAAGCUGCUUAGUCAUGCUGGCUCCCUUGGCCAAUAAAGUGAGAUGGGCACCGCAACCCCAGAGUCAUCUGUGGCUGGACCAAAUGGUCAGGGGUCCCUUUACCUUUACCUUUACCUUUACUGAUUAGCUAUGUAUUUUGUAAAUGUAAUUUUAUUGUUUAUUUUAUCCUGUUUGCCAUGAUAAUUAUUUCUUAAUGUUGGUGGUAUAUAAAUAUUUGCUGAAUAAAUAUUCCAGGAAAGCAGUCCUAUUUUAAGGCAACUUAUGCUGCAUGAAAGAAGAGGCAUUUAAAGAAUUUAAGCCACUUACACACUUCUUUUGAUCUGACAAUCCAUAUGUAAUCUAUUUUUAACUUGCUAUAUUGCAAAUGUAUACCAAAUAAAAUACAGCCUUUUCCCUCUGAGGAAAGUAUCAUAAAACACAAAACAAUGCUAUCUUUGUCAUGUAUGUUUUCCCUGUCAGUAUUUUCCUCUUAAUAGGCCUACCUUUCCUCUUUCUUAGCUCUGUGAACAAUUUUUUUUUAAAUGAUCAUAUAUCUGCAAUGUUUCUCCUUACAGUGUGGUAAAUGUCUUUGUUCUUUUACUUGUGCUGAAAAUCACAUUCUCACAAUGCCUUACAGAGCUGUUGCAACCUUCAUGUACCCCACCCCCCACCCCCGGUGAAAUGGCUGUAUUCAUUCAUGCAGUUUUUUCUGUUUGUUCGGUUUUUAGUCACUGCGGCUAUUAUGCAUGCUCAUAAGUAUUUAUUAUUCAAAAUGUAUGGAGGUGCCAGGGAUUGAGCAUGGGGCCCUGUGAAUGCAACGCAUGUGCUGUACCACUGAAUUACAGCUCUUCUGAUAUAUGUUGAUAGCAGGUAUAGUAGGGUCAGCAUUUCAUAGGAUCUGAAACCGCAGUAAUGAAUCUGUAAAAUCUUUUAAAAUAACUUGUCACUGGGAUUGUUUAUUCCCAGCUAAUGAUGAUUUGAUGGUUCAGUUAGUAAAUGAGAGUGGUGUUUUGAGAGCUUUUCACUUUGCUGAAGGAUAUUUUUAAAAGCACUGCUUGCUUUACACCUUUCUGCAUUAUAACCUUGCACAAAUCGUGACAAUUGGAACAUUAACCUAAAAUAACAAUAAUCGUAAAAAACCCAACAACAACAAAUCAGUUAAUACCAAUGGUUUAACAGAGAGCUUGAUGAUGAAUGAGUGUCUAGGUGGGCUUUUUAUUUGAUUUGUCCUUUAAUGCUGACUUUGAUGUUUUAAUUACUUGCCAUAUUGCUUCUUUCUCUGGCUUUAAAUUGUUUUAGUUGUUUGGUGGUGCAUUUUUGAGGAUGUUAGCUACCUUGGACAUUAUUAAGGCAAGAUAUCAUUUAUCUUAAUACAUAAUAAAUAUGGAUUUUUUUACAUCACCAAAAAUCUUGACACACUAAUACUGGCAAGAGUUCCAUUUAAUCCUCAGAUUGAACAAAAGUAAGUAACAUUAUACCUGUUUACAGCUAAGGGAACUGGAGCGAUCUAGUUACUCAGUACAUGAGAGUUAAAAGAAUGAGGAACAGAAUUGGUUUAAUUUUUUGUUCCUCAUCACAGUAUCUGUGUCAUAUAUGGGAAUAUGCAUGAAGUAUGGACAGUUGAAAGUUCUAGGAAUGAGGAAGUUUCAACCUCCUGUCAGCCUUGUGCUGAGGAUACCACUUAAUGAAGUCCUCAAAGGCAGCCUGAUAGAGGCUUAGUGAGAGAGGCUGUGGCCCAGGGCAUCUGGCUUACAACUGAACUGUCAUUUAAACCCAAGUUUCCUAGAUCAGAUUUCCAGCACUAUAUAAAAAAGUCAUAUUGGUUAUACAGAGAGAUGUCUGCAUUUUCAGUGUAUCCAGGGCAGUGUUGGAGCAGUAGCUGAGCAAGUGAGCUGGACAUUUAAGCAGCCCGGUAUAGAGCUUUUAAUCCAGUAAGGGUCCAGAGGAGACAGAGACAUAUUAAGACUGUUAGCCUCUCCUCUUCCUGGUCAUCUGCUUGGUGUUUGAGGCUGGUUCUUCUCUCCCCUCUGAAGUAAACUGUUUUUCCUGAGGAAAACUGUUUUUCCUGAAGUAAACUGUUUUUCCUGAGGUGGCCCUGGUGACAGAGCGUUUGAGCAGCCAAAUGGUCACUUGUAUGGUGACUCUGGACAGCCCACGAGGUCCACUCGGGCAAAAGGGGAGAAUCAGGGAUCAAGGCAGGGCUUGCGAUGUUGCCAUUGGUGUAGUGGGGGCAGUAGGGCCACCAAUGAAGUGGGGGAUCUUCAGGCUGUCUUCUGACUUCAGGUUCCUCUGGGUUCUCAGUUGCACUGUGGUUCUCUAUGAGGUCUCAAGACAAUCUCAGAAAAAAAUUUCCUCGGGGUCUGGGCAGUGUCAGGUCCUGGCACCAUGGUAACUGGACAAAAUUUGGACUCUUUGGCUUAGCACCUACUUUUUUGACCAAAUCCUAGGAGUCUGCAUCAAACUCCUAUGUAGCAUAGUAAAUGUUUCUAAUUUUGCAUGUGAGGGUUUUGUUUUUUUUGAGGAAUUUUUGCUAAACUCUUCAGUCUUUUAUCUUGGUUGAGACUCGUACGUUGUCUGUAAUGUGGAAAUCAAUGACUUUGCUGUAUUUCAUCGCAACAGUUGUUUUGUUUUUUUAAAUCUUAUAUUGAUCCAGACUGCAGAUGAUGUGAUGCCUGUCUUGUAAGCUACAGGAAAAAUGUAAAGAAACGCUACAGCUUCCUUUUCAGACUUGUUAUUCCACGCAGUUCUCUGGUUUCCAACCCUGGUAAUGUGAGAAUGAAGUGAUAUCACAGACAGUAGAUUAUUUUAGGGGAAAUUCUUGAGGAUUCCCCCCUACUACUACCACCUUUGUGUUUUCUAUCUGUUGUAUUUAGCUGCAUGGAUGCUUGUUAACAGAGCUUCAGCCAUCAUGUUGCCUGAGGCAUGGUUAGUGCCUUGGGAAGAUUUACAUUAAUCAAACACAAACAGACAGUGUAGCGUGAAGAAAUUUCUCUCCCGCCAGCACUGCUCACAAUCCUAAUUAUGUUUAUUGGGGCAGAAAAAGAAAACAGCCCUUCCAUCCUUGCCCUCCUUCCCCUGGGCUGAAUUGGUUAUGUCUCCGGAAGAGCAGUGAGCUGACUGCUCUCUGCACUGACCUGCUGACCUCCAUUCUCCCUUGUGGGAGGAAGGGAUAGGAUUCCUGAAUGUUGGUGCUAUUUUUAUAGUUGCCAGGUGUAAACUUCUGGAAGUCCUUGCAGGAUUAGAACUCUAAUGAGCAAAUGAAUUCUGCAUACAGAAGUGUUCUGGACUGGCGCACCACAUAAAAGUUGCCAACAUGUCUAUAUGAGAGAGAAGUGCCAAAGAAAGACAGGAUUUAGAACCAGUAAAACCAUCUAGUUGAACAAAAAGUAGAAUUGGAAGUGUGGCCAAAAUUGACCAGGCAGUAAAGGGCAGGGAUUGGACAGUGAGCUGGACUGGUAGGCAAGCUAGGAGAUUUAUUGGUAUAGUUACGUAGGGGAGUCCUAAAAAGAGUGGACCAGAGGUGGUCUUGCAAACAGAAUAAACCCCUUGAUUGGUGGAAAAUCUGCACAUUUAGGGUUUUUUUGGGAAGGUGCAACUUCUUGGUACCGAGGGUGUGGAUUCAAGGCAUUUUUUCUCCCUUGCCCCUCAUUCCUCCAAGGUGCACUUCUCUGCUUAAAGCAGUGAGAGUCAAGAUUGCCUUGGGUGGGGGAUCUCUAGUACUUGGCUUUGUCUUCUAGUUGCCGUUCUUACUCCUACACAGUUACAAGCUCACCAGGCAUCAUUUUAAACUACAUGCACCCUUUUUUGAGCAAGGGCAUAGCUCAGUAGCACAGCAGCUGCUGUAUACAUAAGAUCUCAAAUUCAAUCCCCAGCAUAUCCAGCUACGGAUGAAAAUGCUGUGUCUGUAAAUGUGGAGAGCCACUGCCAGUUAGUGUAGGUAGGAAGUAUGAACUAGCUCAGGGGUUGUCAACCUGCUUGCUACCGCCCACUAGUGGGCUUUUCAGGAUUCUAGGUGGGCGGUAGGGGGUUCUAUGGCACAAGCUGAAUCCUCUUUACAUCAAGCACUGGUGGGCAGUAAGGAAAUUUUACCAUCAAGAAACAUGCAUUAGUGGGCGGUAGGUAUAAAAAGGUUGACUAUCCCUGAGCUAGAUGAACCAGUGAUCUGACUUUGCACAGGACAGCCUGUGUGUUCCUAUGUUUACAUUGGGAAGCAAAGUAAUUUGCUGGCAGACCUAAAGAAAUGAUGGCAGUUAGAUAUUAAAUUGUAAUAUAUAGAUACAAUUUAUUCUAUGAAGAGAUUAGAAUAAACCUAUAUAGUGAGAUGUGAACACCACAAAAAAGAACUAUGACACAAUUUGUGGCUGUAGUAUCAGUGAUUUUUUUUACUCCCCUCACACUGCUAUUGUAAUUAUAUUUUUAAAUAUAUAUUUUUUUGGUCUCUAAGAUAGCUAAACACUCAGACCUAAGCUGUCCUUCCUCCUACUGGCUGAAGUCCUUUCCCAAAGAUGUACGUAGAUGCUGCUUUCUUCCUCUCCAUUAGCAGUCUUCACUGAGAUAAUAGCUAGGAGGGAGGUAUGAAGAAACUCCACCUCUUUUUGCCUAUCCCAAGUGGACUGACCAAAUGCAUUUUCAAGAGUAUCAGAUGAGCAUUUUUAAGGAGCCACCAAAAUCAGAUGGGGUGGCUGGGUUUCUUAAGCAAUUUGACCUUCAUCAGAAAUAGUAUUGCUGGCUAAUUUCUCUGGUCCCUUUCAAUCCAGGUAAUCUCUGUAAGUCUUUGUUUCCUUGUUCUGAUGUGUGAUGUGGGAAGAGGGAUAGAAAACAGCUUUUCUUGGUGCAGAAUAAUAAAAGGUGAAACAUUCUUCUUUAUGGAAAACAAUGUUUUAACAGAGAAGAGAAUAUUGUACACAACUGUGUUGUGUUUUGUGGUCUAGCUCCUACUUUUAAAAAAGCAUAUUUCAAAAAAUCUGAGCUCAGCCUCGGUUUGAGAACAAAGGUUUGACAGCCAGGAAAAAUGUCUCACACAGAAGAGGCAGACAGCAACACUGUCUCCGCUAUGCAGAAUCCUCAGCUGAAUCCUUAUGCUACUUUGCUGGAACCACUCGACCUGCUUUUGUGAUUUACCUGUAGGUUAAUCUGUUUCAUAUUCAUUUAGUAGUUACUGUUAGGUGUAUGCUAGAUCAUCUCUUAUCUCUGUAGUAGUCCUGAAUAUAGCAUAUCUCAUUCUUAUUCUUACCAGAAAAAAAGCAAAAAGACUGCUUUUUAACCAAGGGAUGUAAAUUGAUAGGAGUAAAUGCUAAGGAGCUGUAUUUAUUUUCCCUCAAUUUUUAUGUUCUAUGGUUCAUUUAAUAAAUUUGACGUAUGCUUCCAAAGCAGACCAAUAGAUUUUUGUCAUAAGACACUCAAAAGCACAACUGCUGACAGGAUCUCUGUGCUAAAUUACUAUUGCUUUUUUAAAAAAUAGGAUGAGGGAGUUAAAUUGGUAGUUUGUUUCCUGCAGAACAUUGCUGGAUAACAAACAGAAAGCAUUCUGAAGAUUCGGUUGUAUUAUCAGCAAUACACCAUGUGUGGUGAAGCGGCUGUGUGGGUUUCUGACAGCACGGAGAGUGUUAUGGUAUCCAUCAUGCCUAUUAAUGCAUGGAUGUUAGAUUAGAUGUGAUGGGCGGAGGAUGUUGUGAAACCAUUUCCUUGAGGGGAAACUGCUUCAAAGGAAGCAGUAUUUUUUCAUAGGAGGCAGUGUUCCAGUUACUCCUGUUCUAGGGCACAGCUGUGUAAAAAGGGAUGUGCUUGACUAGACAAGGCAUUGUGAGCUUUCACCUUUCUCUGAACUUAGUGAGAAUUGACAACUCUUUGUGCUGAAUAGAAUUGGACAUUUUAGUUUUCAGAGCUGGUUUUGUCAGCAACGGUUCAGCAGAAAUAUAUGGAAGGGAAGGCUUUGGAUUACAGUAUUUGCAUGUCUUUCGUCUAACCCUAGUGAUCUCUCUGUCUCUCAGUCUCUUCUUUAAAUGGGCAAGUUUUGUGAAGGUGAUCCAGGACAGAUGGAGAAGGGUGGAAGCUUAGUGGUAGGGCACAUGUUUUCCAUGCAGUUCAGUCCUUGGCAUCUUGAGGUAGGAGUGGGUGCGACUCUUGACAGAAAAUCUGAAUAGCCAUUGCCACUUAGUGUAGACAACACUGUGAUUUAAUGUUUUGCAUGUUCCUAGAUAAUAUGCAAAUGUAGAAUAGUGUUCCUGUUCAUACUGUACUUCUAUUAAAUAUCUUGCAGUAUCGUUCUGCUUUUAUUUUUGAAACAGGUGUGCCUCAUCUAUUCUCUAUAAAAAAAUCUUCCUUUUAAAUAUUAUUUGUGUACACAAUAGCCAAGUCAGUAUAUGUGAUAAAAUAUAACAGUAAACUGAGAGGAGAACAGGGUAAAUCGAUUUACAUACAACUUGCUUCCCAGGCAGUUUGCAAGGCUAUCUUUUUUUUUAAAAAGUUAUUGUUUGGGGUAGCCAAAGCAACAUUUUAAUCAAAUGGGAUUCAACUUUUCCUUAAAUUGUCACUUUUGAUGAUGCAGCUAAAUAAUAGACUAGACAGAAUUUCUUUACCUAAAAAUACAUACAUACUCCAGGUAGAAGAAAAGAACUUGCAUAACUUAUAAUUUUAAUUAUUUAUUUCAUAAGAUGUAUAUAUCACUUGAUUGUAAAAAUCCUCAAAGCGGUUUACAAAAAGAUAAAACAAGAAACUAAAAAAAAAUUCACAACCAUACUUUAAAACAUACAGCAGUUAAAAUACUGAAAUAGAUUAAAAUUACCUCACUGCUAAGCAUCAAGCAACAUAUAUAUACCCUUUGGCUCACAGGUAUUUUGGGACAAUGGCCAGAUGAUUUCAAGGGAAGCAUAGUUUGGAAUCUCAGUAAUGUAUAGGUUCUGUCUGGUGAGAAUACCAGAAUGCUCAGAUUUAUGAGAUCUUAAUAAAACUGCUGUGUUAUGGGCAGUCCAUGAAAUCUAAGAUGAGGAAACAUUCUAGUUUACUAACUAGCAUUCCUGUUUAGGCACUUACGUUGUGUAACUUACUGGGGAAGAAUGAUUUCACUUUCUCCUUAGACCCUCCCCCCCAUUUUGGAGAUCUGGUAGCUUUUCCCAACAUGCCUGUUGGAAUCAUCACUAUGCUAGAUCCCAGAGGUGCGCAGGAUGUGGCAUCAAUGCACUUCACUAGGACCGCUGAGCAUGUAUAUGGAAAGAGUUGCUACUUAAACCUCAAAACCGAAUGCUUUGUGGAAUAUGCAUGAUGAGUUGUGUAGGGUGGAAUUUAUACCAGGUUUGGAGUAUCCUGAUUCCAAACUUCUCCCAGUAUGCUUAAAUUAAGGGAUGACUUCAUUCAUUUUAAUUCCCAUUGGUAGUGUCAGACGACGGCUGUAUUUCUGUGCAGUGAAAAUAUGGUCUUUAGAAACCUUUGAGAUGGGAAAAUUUGGUGUCACGGCACUUAACAAUACUGUCUUGUGAGUACCUUGCCAAAUGUAAACUAGUUUUGUUCCACAGGUUCAGUGGGCCUAAAACACUUAUAGUGUCUUAGAUGUAGAAUGAACUGCCCCGUGGGAAGUACAGUAUUCAGGGCUGGAAAUGUUUGAUUGUAAAACACCCUUCUUUCUAAACAGGCAUAAUUUCUGCAGCAGCUAAAACCAAUCUGCAAGGCUCUGCUCUGGCUGCAGCUACAGAGCAGCACAAUGACCACAUUGAGAGUAGCUGGGGAAGCCCUCCUUCCUUGCUGGCUCUGUAAAUGCAGCCCUUUCUCUGUGAAAAGCCCUGACAUCAGCUAUUGGAAAAAAUCAGAGGACUUGUGUCAUGGAACAGUGCUGAGGAACUUGCUUGAGCAGGGUCUGAAUGGCUGGACUGUGGCUGAAACUUAAGUAGCAAGACUUUUACACUUCCACCCCCUCUAUCUUCAGCCUUUCUCUAACCCUCUUGCUGAGACAGAUAUUAAUCUAUAUGCUUGAAGCCUGGCUUGGAACAAGAGCAGCACUGUACUUUGUUGCUGGCAAUAUAUGUAAAAUAAAAAUGCACCUUGCUGUUUGAGGCUGAUGAGAAGCUUUGGAAUCUCUUAAGUGUUUGAGUGGGUUGCAGAGGAAUUGGGUGGGAAUGUGAGAAGCAGACUUUGAACACAGCAUCCAGGGUUGCACCAUGGUGGCUCUGGCUUUUAGUUUUUCCUGAAGUGGCACAGUCUCAUCAUGGGAUGCACAUAUAGGGCAGAAACAGUAGCCUGAUGCAUUGAUUUCCCAAUCGAGCUUAAAGCCCAUACUUAGAUUUAGUGGGCACAGCAAUCUCUUAAAACAAUUGGCUACUCUUAACUGCCACAGGGCAGUUGCAUCAACAAAUUAAAAUACAAUGAAAACAAUUUCAUUAAAUUAUUUUUCACUUCCGUAUGAAUCCCAACUGUGUGAGAUCAGCUAUCAAAUCUUUACCCCACCCCUCCUCUGAAAGCCUGCAAAAAGCAAUGUUUAUUAACCUGUUUUCUGAAAAAUAUAUAUAAUGAAGAGGCUGGGUACAUCUAAGUGGGGAGGAAGUUGCACAGAUGUGGAACCACCACAAAAAAUGUCUUUUUCUAGGGGCCUGUACUAUGUACUUUGUACUGUGCAGGGACCACUAGGUCAGUCUCUUCUGCAGAUCCAAAGGCACAGGCAGGUUAUAUGGAAACAGGUAUUCUCUUAGAUAUUUGGGCCCAGGCUUUUAAGGGAUUUAUGCAAGUGUAAGCACCUUGAAUUGGACCCAGAACACAAUUGGCAACCAACAGAGCUGCUGUAAAAUGUGGUUUAUGUGUGUUUGACCUGCUGUCACCAUCAUGAUCCUAGCUGCCGCAUAUUGGCAUCCUUGCAUUUUCUGGAUUGUUUCCAUGGGCAACCCCAUGUACUGUGGUACCUUGGGUUAAGUAGUUAAUUCGUUCUGGAGGUCCAUUCUUAACCUGAAACUGUUCUUAACCUGAAGCACCACUUUAGCUAAUGGGGCCUCCUGCUGCCGCCACCGGAGCAUGAUUUCUGUUCUCAUCCUGAGGCAAACUUCUUAACCCAAGGUACUAUUUCUGGGUUAGCAGAGUCUGUAACCUGAAGCGUAUGUAACCCGGGGUACCACUGUACUGCAUAUUACAGCAGUUCAACCUGGAGUUUACCAGAGCAUGGUGACUAGCCAGGCUGUCCUGUGCAGAAAUUUUCACUGUAGCAUAGAGUUGGAAAAAAUAUUAUGAACUGGUUGGUUGUCUGCCUGUUGCCAUAGUAUCUAGUUGUUUAUUUUAAAAACUAAGUCACAUUGGCCACAUGUCUCUUGGUAUUCAAAUUAAAAAUGAAUAGUACAUACAAAAAAAUUCUUAACACAUUUACUGUAUUUAUAUUUAGACAUGCCUACCACUGAAUUUGAUAACACUGUGAAAUGUGAAAUUGGAUGUUAUAACUUGCCUCAAGUUCUGAGUUCCUUAAAUCAUGAAGCUUUAAUGUUAUUGCAUUGAAGGUGGAGACUAGAAGUGUUUGUAGAACAGCCAGAAAUCUAAAGCAAAUAAUACCGUGCAUCAUUUUCUCAUGAGUCACUUUUUGGCUGUGUCUGCUGUCCUAUUCUUCUACUAAAAAUGUUUUUGUUGGUUUAUGUACAUGAAAUUUGGGAGCAACUCUGGCAGUGUAUAUCAGCUGGUCAUUCUCCUAGGCCAGAGCUUUUCAAACUUGUCAUGUUGGUGACACAAUUUUUUAACAUGCAUCAUUUUGUGACACAUUAAAUCAGUUUUACUAGCAAACCAGAGGUUGAACUAACCCAUUUCCAGCCCUGGGAGGAGAGCAGGGAGCAUUCACUUGACACACCUACACACUGCAGCCGACACACUAAUGUGUCGCGACAUAAUUUGGAAAGCUGUCCUACGCUGACAGGUUUUCUCCAGUCUGUGUCAUAUAAAUCCUGUUGUCAUCAUUGGAACUGUAGUAUAGCGGUUUCUUUAAGAACUGUGUUUCUCUCACCUAAAACCAAAGCAAUGCUUUAGUGAGAGCAAGAAGUAUGAAACGGACUAGCUGCUUUAUAUGUAGUAUCUGGAGAAACAGCAGAGGUGUAAUCACUGGAUGUGAAUGUAAAUCUAAAAAAACUCAAACCUAAAUUGAACCUCAUCGCUGUAGUUUGCACCAGUACUAUACACAGUUCUGCCUGAAUCAUCCAUAUGGGGUUGAUAUAUUAGUAAAAAUGAUUGUCUUCAGCAGACUUGCAUGUGCUGUGAAUGUUAUAUAAGUGGACUGAGAAGAAGAAACUCUUUGCAUAACUAAAUCUUUCUAUUUUGUUUAACGGACAUAUUAAAAUCAUAUUUGAUUUAAUAUGCGUUGUUCUAUGCUUUGUGGAAUAUCUCAGAGAUUACUGAAUUAUCCUUUUUAAGGAAGGUGGUCAGAGUCUAGCUUGACUAUUUUCAUUAAGUGAGCACUAAAUAAAUGAAUUUUAUACUGGAAGGAAUAAAUGAGACAUUAUUAGAUUCUACUUUUCAGUGAAUGAGCCGGAUAUGUGAAGGAUUGUGUGAGGUUACCCUGUGAUCAUGACUUGCUGGCUGCCCUGCCUCCAUAUCCCUUCUCUCUCUCUCUCUCUCUCUCUCUCUCUCUCUCUCUCUCUCUCUGUGUGUGUGUGUGUGUGUGUAGAACGAGAGACUGGGAAAGCUGGCCUGCAGCCCAGGAGCUUCCGGGAAUCUAUCACAGAAUCCCUUUGGAACAGUUCUCCCCUUGACAUAUGCAACAUUGUUUGGUGACUGGCAUUCUCAUGUAAGAAAGACUGAGGCUAUGGGAGAUAAGCUUGGAGUUUAUUCUCCCAGAACUGCAUUUUGGAGUGUUUACGCCCUCAGGCUUCUGAACAAAUCUGCCCUGGUUAACGGCAGAUGCUUUGCUGCAACAUGGGGGUGGGGAUAUUAUAGAGAAAUGUCAACGGUUUAAAACAGCUGCUUCGCUGUGCAGUAAUGUUGUAUAGCUUGAGCCACCUUUAUGAAGGUAGAUGUAUAUAGAAUGAAGUGAGUUGCCCUACAGAUUUACUUGGUGUGCAACAAGUACUUACACACCUUUCUAACUGGUGUUUUUAAUAGUAGCAGUCAAAAUAUGUAGUUGCUAAAAGUAAUUAGGCCAAACUCUGUGAGGUUACUUUGAGGUUUGUGUGUGGAGAGAAGCAACAAAGGAAUGAUAGAGCUAUACUAGAAUUCUUAUUCGUGUGAUUCUUAAAUGUCUUAACUAUUCUAAACUAAUUUUUAUUUUGUUUUUUUAUAUUUCAGGUUUCCCCUCAAAAAACCUACAAGGUGAGUGUUUGAGAAUUUGACUACCUACAUACUACCUGCAAUAUUCUCUUCAUAAUCAAGAUAAUAUUGGCAGACUACCAUACUUGCGCAGACAAGUGAGCUCUUGGAUCCAGCUCGGUGCUUGUGUGUGCCUAAGAGUUCCAAGGGUUAUUUACGUAUCAGAGAUGGAUCUGCAACUGCAUGAAGUUGGCUUUUCUUAGGCACACAUUGCCUCCCUACAUACAGGCAACUCCCCAUUUUUGUGCAAUCUACUUGCACGUGACCGUGCACACACAUGAUGUUGGGGACCUGGAAAUGGGGAGCAUCCUAGAGAGUCCUAGUGACUUGCAAGAAGACCCUCACCAGAACCCAAAGAGGAUGUUCUAUUUGGUCUCCUUGUGAGCUGGAAGCACAGCAGGGAUUUAUUGAGGUUGCUAAGCCUUCCCACCUAACAGCUGAUAUGUGGGGUAGCGCAGUGGCCGCUACUGUUUCCCUGCACAUUAGCUGAGGAAGCCCCGCUGCCCCUCUGGUUUGUGCAGGGGUGUGUGUCUCUGCAUGAGCUGGAGGGGCAGCAGCGCUUUGUUGAGCUGUUAGGUGGAAAUGUUGAAUAGCCUCAACAGAUCCCCACUGCCCCUCCAGCUUGCCAGGAGACCUUCCCUGGAGCCCAAAAAGGACAUCCUCUUUGGACUCGGGGGGGGGGGGGUCUCCUCACAAGCUACUAGGAUUCUCCAGGGUGUUCCCCAUUUAUGCACAUUUCACCGAUCUGUGUGGAAGCACGGAACAUACCCCCAGCAUAAAUGGAGAGUUGGUUGUAAAAAUAAUGUGGAAAGCCCAGCACUUGUUAGUGUAGGGCUAGGAAUCAAUCAGAGUUUUUCCAUGCAGAAAACUUCGGCACAAAAUUGACACCCUCCACCACCCCGCCCCAGUUUAUCUUCAGGUUUGUGUCUCCUGUAACUUCUUGCACUGGAAGACAGGAAUUAGGCACGUCUUCCCUGUCUCUUCAGGUGCUGUAGAACAAAAUGGCUGAGAUUACCAUAGCUGUGACCAUUUACAGAAGACAAACUUGAAGGUAAAUAGCGUAUGGUCAACUUCAUACCCUCAGUUGGGUAUUGCAACUUCACAGCCUGCAAAGUUAGGAUAGCUUCAGCUCAGCUUUAUAUAAAACCUUUAAUUUUUUAAAAUGAUAUUCUCUGCAGAUUUAGGCAGCAGAAUAGAAGUAGCAGCAAAAUUUUACUCCUUUACUAGAUACAUGUGAGGAGAUGUACAGAUUUCUUAAAUUCUGCAGGGUCAUUUGGUGUUUAUGAUUUUAUAGUAUCUGUUGCCUUGGUUGAUCCUCCAUCUUUGCUUCUUUUUGUUUUGCUUCAGACAUGGCAGCAUUCUGAGCAGAGAGUCUCCAGCAGACAAGAAGCAGAAGGUUGAACGCUGCGUCAGUGCCCAGGACUUCGACCCUACAGGUAGAUUCCUCCUAGCCUCCCACACAACUCAUUGCUUCACAACAAAGAGCUUUUAGAGUGAAAAAGUGACCUAACUUUUUCCCUGGUGUAACAUUAAGAAGCUAUUGCUGCCUUUCUUUUUCACAGUGAUUGCAUAAUUUUAGAUAUCCCCUUUUCACAAGUUGAAUUCCCCAAUGUUAUUAACUGUUGUGUUCUUCAGUUAUGUAGAUAAUGACUCCAGUAGUGAUAGCUGGGGUGAGUGGUGGUGGCAGAAUCUUUGGCCAAAGCAAAUAUGAUGGACUUCUGUUGUUACCUGUUCUGUUUGAUUUGAUUUCUUUUAUUUUAAGCCUAUUUGGAGAGAAAGGGCUAUUGGUGGAGCACACAUAUUCUGGUGGAAGAGGUGUUUUGAAACCUUGGAACCAAGCUAUUUGAACUAUGUGUUGGAUCUCCAAACAUUUCUGUUUUUGAAUAAGUCUUCUGUGGCUGCAUUUUUUUAAUUGGACCAGUGGUCUCCUCCAGCACUCCUUCUAUACUCAAAACUGUGGCUGCGUUUUGGAAACACUAGAAGAUCCAGUUGCACAUCCUAUGUCAUUUAUCCCUAAGGCUUUAGGAAACAAUUAUUUAAAGCAGCUGCAGCCUGUAACUAUGCAGGUGCCAGUCUUGCUGAUUUGGCACAACUGCAAGCUGCAUGGGGAUUAUGCUGAUCUGCGUGCAUAUUUCUGCAAUGCAAAGGAGCAGACCAUAUGACUAGCAGUCAUCGCCAAAAUGGGUAUUACUGAGGGUUUUGUUGUACAAAAUCCUGCACAACUUUGCAUCUCUUUUCCCACUUCACCUAUUUUUAGGACAACAUUAUUAAACCACCAGUAUUGGGGGACCUCCCUUUGGUAGGUUUUAUAGCUAUUUUUUAAUAAUCUAAAGCUGACUGUAGCACAUUACUGGUCUAGAUAAAUUAUUGGUUACACUUAAGGCUAUUCUUUGUCUGUGGAGCGAAUUUUAAACAUCACAUGGCUUUGUGACCUGAAGAACUUCUUUUCAGUCUCCUGAGUGAAGUUGUACUUUCUCAUUUUGUAUUUUUAUAAACCUUUAACUGGACAUGGCUAUUCACUUACUUUCUUUUUCCCUAUACUUGUAGACCAUCUAUGUUGCAUUCAGAGUCUAUUGCUGUCUUGGAAAUUAGUCUGCAUGUGGAGGUUCCACCCACCCCAACCUACUAACCCAGUGACUGCUGUGUGCUCCUAACUGUAUGACUGGCUUGCGGGUGAGCCUCUUGGCCCCAUGUGUUGUGUUGCUUCUUGUCUGUGCACCAUACUGUUUAGCCUGUUAUUUCCUCAAAUCAUGCAGCAGGUAAGAGGUGACUCUGAAGGUUGCAGAAUGUGAUAUGCAAAGAUAGGUCAAUCAGGUAUUUAUACUACAUCUUCAUGCUGGCUGGGUUCAAGCAUGUUGGGCUUGAAUUUUGGAGAGCAGGAUUCAUUGUCUAGUUAAGCUGUGGUCUAUGCUGGGUUGCUAUAAUUGUAAAUAUAAUCAUUGUCUAUUUAUAUAAUAACUUAUUUCCCCUUUUGUAAAAUUGAAACAGUUGUAACCUAUUUCACCGUUUACGAGGGUGAGCGGAAAUAGAAAUAUCUAUCCAUUACUUCAUUUGCCCUGCUUAAAACUACUUAUUUGUCACAGGAAGGACGUACUGCCCAUUUUUAUGUUACAAGCUCAUCCCAUUUCUAAGAGUGAGGGCUGGUACCAGUUCUUUUUUAUGAAAGUGUAAAUUUUCAUCCACAACAUUCUGAUCGUAGGUGUUCAGGAUUCUUUCACCUUUGUAUCCUAAGUUGUAGUGAUGAUCUGUUCCGACUGCCAUGAAACAUUAUGUGAUUCUAACUUAAAUAGGGAACUUGGGUAGCAGGGCUGGAACAAAAAUAUUUCACAGACAGUUAGAUUCAAAACUUGAUGCCAUUCCCCAGAGUGGUGGGAGCAGCCCAUUUAUUAUAUGGUGUUUUUAUAGAGUAGGGCCUGGAUGUUGAUCAUAUUAAAUACAAUUCAGUAGUUGAUAUAGAAAAGAGAGAGCUGGAUUGUGUUAACAUUUUCCUCCUUACAAGAACCUUACAGUGUGAUGUUACCUGUAUUGUUCAAACCUCUGGUAUUCACAUUCUGAUUUCAAAAUGUUAUCACCUCUGUGUUGCUCAUACCUUGUUUGUGUUUUGCAUGCAUUAACCCAAUUAUACAAAUCAUUCUGACUUAUGAAUUUUUUUUCAUGUUGGUCUCCAUAUUUCCUAUAUCUUUUUCUCCUGCUUUCGUGCAGAUAGCUCCUCCAGGAAGACAAAGUGUAGCUCGGAGGAGAGUAGAUCCGAGACGUAUGGUAAGCUGAAGCAGCCACUGCAGCCUUGUGCCUUUGUUCAGUGUGCUCUGUGCUGUUGUUCUGUGUGCCCAAGGCCUCUGCCCUUUACCUGCCAUGCAUGGCUUAUUCUGCAGCAGGGAAAAGGACUGAGCUUUUUAAUGUGGCUGCUGUGUGCAAGCUUUUGGCAGAUGGACACUAACUCGCGUAGUAAAAGCCAGAUGUCUUUUAUUUUGUCUUCCAUUUCCUAAUAGGAAUCCUUUUUAGGGGUUGGAAUAUUUAGGAAUCAGUGUCAGCUAAUAGCAGCUUAGGGAUGCGGGUGGCGCUGUGGUCUAAACCACUGAGUCUUGGGCUUGCCGAUGAAAAGGUCGAUGGUUUGAAUCACUGCAACGGGGUGAGCUCCUGUUGUUCGGUCCCAGCUCCUGCCAACCUAGCAGUUCGAAAGCACCCCAAAAAGUGCAAGUAGAUUAAUAGGUACUGCUCCAGCGGGAAGGUGAACUGCAUCUCUGUGCACUGCUCUGGUGUUGGUGUUCCGUUGCGCCAGAAGCGGCUUAGUCAUGCUGGCCACAUGACCCGGAAAAACUGUCUGCGGAGCGGAAAAACACUGGCUCCCUCGGCCUGUAAAGCGAGAUGAGCACUGCAACCCCAAAGUCAUUCGUGACUGGACUUAACUGUCAGGGGUCCCUUUACCUUUACCUAAUAGCAGCUUAAAGGUUUGUGAAUAGGUUGAGUUACAGACCAUACAGGCUGUGGUACUGAUAUGGAUGUAUUUGCAUUUUGUUUGAAGGAAAUUACAGUCAUUUCACUUUUCAACUGUUUGGGCAUCUCUUGCUGAAUUUUCCUUAGAGAAAUGGAUAUCCUUACCAUACCUAAGAUUGACAGCUAAUUGCAUAGAACCAUUAGAACAGCAUGGGUAGUUUUGUAACUGAAAAUAUUAAAACUUCAGUUAACCUUAUAAUAGGCAUGCUCCACAUCAGGUAUAAUUUCUACCCCUUAAUUUCUGUUCUGCUACUUGUCUUGUGAAUGAUCAGACCUUUUAUAAAUGGGUAAAUCCAAAACUGUUAAGAUUCUUUAAUAUCAGUGUUCCUACCGCUUUCCUUGCCUAGAUUCCACCACCUCCUUAUAUGUAUGUUGGCAUAAAACCUUCUGAUAAUGAUCUCAACUUGAACUCAGUAUAAUCACUUGUUACCCUGUGUCACUGUUGUUUUUUUAGCACUUGAGUUCUUUUCAAAACCAUUUCUUUCUAGAUAAGUUGUUUCAGUUUCAAGCUUUAAUGUACUUUGGAAGAAAUAUCAUGCUUUCUCUAGAAAAACAACAAAUUAAAGGGUCCAAUCUUGUUAUGAUUUAUGUACUGGUUUGCUGAACUAAUUGUUCCCUGCUGCAGAAUCGUCCUCAUCAGUUUUGCUAUGCUGAACUGCUCUGUGGGAUGGAAUGGACAGUGAGGCAUGGUUUUUGCUAUUUUUUUCCAAACUAUGCAUAUGCAAACUCUCCACAGCUAAUUCAUUCUUGUGUGGUUCCUUAAAAAGGAAUUUAAGUAGCAGCCAUAGUGGUAGCUGCUGAACCCUCUAAAGCAGUGGUUCCCAGUUUGCUAUGUACUGUGGACCCCCUGUUUUUCAAAAUCCAAGCCAAGGACCCCAUACUUUUGAAAAUUCUGAUGUCUCUAUGGUAGUUUUUGUUAUGUGAAUGACACCACAGACCCCUUGGGUAGAUUGUGCAGACCCCCUGGGUUCACAGACCCCCAUUUGGAAACUACUGGUCUAAAGCAACCUUGGCCAACCUGGUUUUGGACUGCAAUUUGCGUUGGCCUUAUCCAACAUGGCACUAACAAAUAGCUUGUACUUCUCUUUGAAAUACUGUAGAAGAGCUGACUAUAUUGAUGUAAUCCCCUUUGGGAGAGGGGUUCCCCCUCCCCUGCAGCUAUUUGCAUAUCCUUCUGCUAUGUACAAAAAGUAGGAAUAACAAUAUUGCUACCUUAGAGGUCAGAAGAAAUCCCAGUGCUAGUUGUAUUGAAUACUGGUCUAAGUAUCAUUCAAAACUUCAGUAGUGGAAACUUUCCACUGCCAUUAGUUUUUCUGUGAAGUAACCAAUUAAUCUGUCUUGAUUACAGGAAAUGUGUUGUGUGCCUUUUGGGAUCCAUCUUAAAUUUUGUUUCCCCUGCCUUUACUGUGUGCCUUGGCUUUUCAUGAAUGUAUAGUGAAACAUGGUUUCCUAACCCAAGCCUUUCUGCUUCCUCUCAUACUUCCUUCAGAAACUUUGUCUUUGGUUAGCAUUUAUCUGUGUGGUUCCCAUUCCUUUCCUUUAUUUCGCUGUGCUAGCUCUCUUCCUCCCCUCCCCCAUCUUCCUACUGGUGGUGUAAUUUGUGUGGAAAAGUUUGCAAUAUUUGUUUUGGAUGGGGUUAAGCUAUUUAAGAGCCUGCAAGUGGAGAAUGCUAUGCUUUAUACGACUGCAGCCUCUUUUGCUUGCCUUUGGAUAUUACUGAGGAAAUGCCUUGAACAGGUAAAAUUGAUUAGAGGUGUUGCAGUUACCCUUUUAAGGUGAGAGCUGUUGAGAUGCCUGUUUUGAAUGAGAGAUAAGUUCACAAUCCUUGAUUGCUUAUGAAAUGAGAUAUAACAUAAAACAUAAACAGGGACUGUGUUUUUAAACUUCUGGAUAAUACAAGAUGUGUUUUGCAUUCUACUUUUUAAAUAUCGUAAGUUUCUCAUAUAUUCCGCUGAUAAAAACUAAACAUUAUUUUUUUUCUGUUUUGGAGAAAUAGCUCCAUAGCAGAGUUUGGUACCUUCACAUUGAAUCUCGGUGUUGUGGUGACUAUUGCUGUGGUCUGUUUCUCAAUACCUGUAAUUUCAGACAUUUAAGAGGUUCAAGGAAUGAGUAUUGAAAUCAGGUUCUUUGCAUAAAUUGUAGUUUUUGUUCCAGGAAAGCUUAGCCGCCUCAUGUUCAUGGCAGAUAAUUUGGGGGUUGAGGAUGACUCAAUUAGACUUUGUUGACCCUCCCCUCAACAAUUUUCUUUAUUCAGCUUUAUGAAUUUUUGCAAAACAUUUGUAUUAUAUAAAAUUAAAUCUGAGAUUCUUAGUCCUAAAAUCUUUUUCUAUUUUUUGGGGGGAGAUAGGGAGCUUACAUGUCUAUAUUUUAUAAUGCCAUUUUUUUCUGUGGCCUAAAUGGAUGCUAAAGGAGUCUAUAUAUAUAUAUAUAUAGUAUUGCCCCUUUCCCUCAUUUUAUGCCUUCUACGUCCUUGCAGUUGUAGCAAGAACAAGGAGCAAAAAUGAUCAUGGAUACUGCCAGCUGUGCUACAUCCAUAACAAUAACUUGAGCAUACUAACAGCAGGGCUGACUGCUCAAUGCCCAUGAACUGAUGAUAGCUGUGGCUAAAGUGGGGAAUGGAGUGGCAGAAUAGGUGAAUUUUGUACCAGAUACCAUACGUAAAGGAGCACUAUGUUGUUGUUUUUUUUAAAAAAUUACUGUGUCAUCAUUGGAAGAGAAGUUUAAGCAAACGCGCACAGGGUAUGGAUCUGUCUGACCUCUGCAAUGGAAUGUUAAGACUUGUAAUUGGGAAGAGUUUUACUAGGAAAGUAAAAACCAAAAAUCUUUCAUGCAAUUUUUGAAUGAAGUGGCAUGUCCUGUAAAUCCUGCACUUUCCUUCCCUUUGGCAUUGUAUUUUGAAAUGAGACUUAGAGAUACUUAAUCAUAUUAAAGAAUUGGAGAUGAGGAGAAGAAAGUGGUGUCUUGUGCCAUAAAUGCAGGAUACCAUCUCUCUUCCAGUUGUGUCCUGGGAAACUUCACAUAUUACCUUGGCAGUGUGGUUGGACCAAUAAGUCAAACCACAUCAGCAUGCCUCAAGGCAAUUGCCUCUUAGGUAAAACAAUGCAUAAGUUUGAAGCUUUUUUUUUUAUAAUCCUCAGAAUUUUUGUGGGAGGCUUUUUUUGCAUUAUCAAAAUCGGACCAAACCUCAUGGAUGCCACUUCGCUCACCUGUAUGGUGAGGUCCCUAUACUGUUUGCUUCCUAGAGUAAUGACAAUAGCUUAAUAGAUGUUUGAAGCAAGUCCUAUAACUAUUGUAUGUAUGUAUGAAUAAAUAAAUAAAUAAAUAAAUAAGUUGAGCACUGGAAAAAUGGAAUUGAUUGAGUUCUACAAGUAGUGUGUGAGCUAUUGCUACUGUAAUAAUAAGCUCAGAAUGCUUGACAUAUUUCUACUGAAAUAAUUAGUUCAGAAUGCUGUAAUACUGUUGAGUUGUUGCUUCUGUACAGGGCUAUGCUUUUGGUUUUGCUUCUUCUCACCUAUCCCAUGUGUCAUACAGAUAGCCCGUUGUACUGAUAGAAAUGCUGGUAUUCAUUUACUGAACGCUUGAAUUUUGAUUUAUUGCUACAUGAUUCUUAUGUCAAGCCAGUUGGCCAAUUACCUGAAACAGAAUUUUACCUCAGGAUUUUUAUUCCCCCAACCCCCGCUGCAAGGAAAUAGCUGGACUAAUGGCCUGACUUGGUUAUAGGGCUGCUUCCUACAUGUACUGCAGCAUUUAAAAGACAAGCAACAAAUAUCCAAGGAAAAAGCAAUCUGUAAAAACAGUACUUAAAAAAAUAUUUAUAAUUUUCAUUUAUAUACAUUACAAUUAUUCAACAAACAUUCUAACAUUUCAAACUUUGACUCCCUUCCCCCUCUUUUUGUGGUCCUUUGCACUUACAGUGGUGCCCCGCAAGACGAAUGCCUCGCAAGACGGAAAACCCGCUAGACGAAAGGGUUUUCCGUUUUCAAUGCGCUUCGCAGGACGAAUUUCCCUAUGGGCUUGCUUCGCAAGACGAAAAUGUCUUGCGAGUCUAGAGAUUUUUUUUUCGCUUCCCCCCCCCUUUAUCUAAUCUGCUAAGCCUUUAAUAGCCUUUAAUAGCCUUUUAGCAGCUAAUCCCCUAAGCCUUUAAGCCUUUAAUAGCCGCUAAACCGCUAAUAGCGCUAAUCCGUUAAGCCGCUAAUAGGGUUGCUUCGCAAGACGAAAAAACCGCUAGACGAAGACUCUCGCGGAACGGAUUAAUUUCGUCUUGCGAGGCACCACUGUAUUUUCAUCAUUUCCUGCAUAUCUUAACUUACUCUUUUAUUCAUCUGUCCUCAUAAAUAUCUCAUAUACAUUUUUGAAACUGCAGGUUGUAAAAACAAUAUUUAAGAGAAGUUGGGAAGAUGAAUAAAGGAUUUUCUACAAGGCAAAGCUUUAAUGUUGCUUGCUACUUGCUUGUGCAAUCUACUUUUGAUUGGAAAGCAAUGGCAAACUCUCAGCUGAUUCUGAUAAAUCUGGAUUGCAUCCAGUAUGAUUAAAGUUUUAUACUGAACUUCAGAUGUAUAACCAGAAAGAUAAAAAUCUGUGUGCCUAGAGAAUGUGUUGCUAGCCCAUUCAUUUACUUCCAUGGAAUUCCUAAUCACCUAUGGAGAUCAGGUGAAUCGUGAAAUACAAUACUAUAUUCAGUGCCACCACUUGACAGACAUUCAUUCUGGCCUUCAUUUGUCAAACUGUUUGGCAGAAGGCGGUUUUUAAAACUGGUUUGCUAUGAGGCCAGUAGCCUGUGUUUCCUAUUGGCUAGAGAAGAGGGGAACCUCUUCCCACCCUCUGCAAUCAGCCUAGAAAUGGAGACUAAUUACAGAUAGGCAAGUCAAAGAGUUCUGUGGCUUUGUUUAAAAGGUUAAUUUUACAUUACAGCUUUUAAUACUUUACCUGGCUAUUUGUGUUUAAAAAAGGUACGCUUUUAGUGUGUAGUCUGUUCAGCCCAUCUGAAUAUCUGGAGUAUAUCCAUUCUGCUUUUCUCCAGAUGUUGUGAAUUGCAGAUCCCAUCAGCCUAAACCAGCAUGGCCAACAGUCAAGGUUGUUGAGAGUCGUACCCUUCAUAUGUUUUGGACUACCAUUCCCACUGCGUAUCAAAUUUGGUAGCUUUUUGGUGGCCAUUUCCCUGAUAUUGGGAUGCUCUCCUGGAAAUGUACAAACCUGAGGAUGGUGAGCCUGUGCACAGCUUUAGCAAGGGAUGCAGUUUUAGAAAACAUUGGAAAGAGAACAAGUGUGCAGAAUCAUUAAGUAGCCCGUUAACUUGGAAAUGCAGGAAAAAACAGCAUAAAUGUAAGAAACCGCAGAAACAGGGGAAGGGAGUCAAAAUAUGAUGUGGAAUAAUUCAAAUGUAUGUUUUGUGUUUGUUGUAAAAUGAAAAGUAUAAUUUAUUUAUUUUCAUAAAAAGAAUCAUUAAGUAGCCCUGUUCUCUAAAGCUUGUUGUUAGCUGACAAUGUGGCUGAUGUGCCAGUGUAUUUUACCUUUCUUUACUAUACCUCUGUGUCAUGCAAUCAAUGUUGUAAGCAUGGCCAACCUGCUGUAGUAAUUACCUUGCUUAUGACCUGCUCUCCCAUUGUUGGUUCUUUCCUCCUUCCAUGUCCACCCUGCAGCUUCCCUUUUGCACACAUUCUGUAGGUUGCAAUUAUCGCUUACCAAAAUGAGGUUCUGGCUUGAUGCCUAUAUUGUGUCUCUUUCAUUUUUUCCCUAUGCAGGUCUUGUCCAGCGUUGUGUUAUUAUCCAGCGGGAUGAAAAUGGAUUUGGGCUGACCGUCAGUGGAGACAAUCCUGUCUUUGUGCAGUCCGUCAAAGAAGGUGACGAUGCUUGUUCAGGGCAAUUCCAUGUAUUACAGUUGUAGUGAAUACAUGUGUGUCUGCUUGUACCAGGCAUAGGCAAACUCUGGCCUUCCAGAUGUUUGGGACUACAAUUCCCACCAUCCCUGACCACUGGUCCUGUUAGCUAGGGAUGAUGGGAAUUGUAGUCUCAAACAUCUGGAGGGCCAGAGUUUGCCUAUGCCUGGCUUUUACCUUGUACUGUGAAACAUGUAUAUGCAAGCUUCCAUUGACCCUUGUUAUUAGUAGUUUAUUUUUGUAGCAUACAGGUAAAAUGAACAUGAUUGUUUUGUUUCACAUUACAGAUGUGCAAAUAGGUCAAAUAUUGUAAUGUGUAUCCACUAAAAUUCUAACAUGCAAAAGGGCACUAAGUUUUCAUAUGAAUUUUUGUGUUUGAGGAACAAUACCCAUGUAGAAAAUAGCAUUCUGUGUAUUUCGAUUGUGAAUCUUGUAUAUAUAUAUAUAUAUAUAUAUAUAUAUAUUUUAAAAGGACAAGCAUAGAAAAAGAGGAUGUUCCACAUUUGACAUUCAGUACAUAGAAUUUGUAUUUGGGUAUUCUGCCAAGUAUAUAAAUCUCCUAUGAAGUGAUCAUAAGUAUGCUAGAGACAAAAAUACAGUCCAGUAGUUAGUCUGUAGUCGAUAGAGGCCUACAUGAGGAUAAAGCCUUGCUUUAUUGCAUAUUGGGAGACUAGUGCAACUCUAGAGACUGAAUUGAAAGAAGUGCUUUAUUGUCUUUGCUAUGAAGGAAACUAAUUAGUUAUGGCUCUACUUGCAACCAAUCACAUCAGUUUCCUAGAAUAUAUAGGCUCUUGGAAUGGUAGGUUGCAAAGGUCUUCCUUCUGUAAGGCAGAAUAAAGACUUGGAUGCAGCUGCAUGGUAACCUCCCACAUUGUAUAUUUUGGCCCAAAACAGAAGCAGGUAGGGAGGUAGGUAGACAAGUGGACUGUCCUUUUCUUCCUUAUGAAAUCCAGCAAAGCAGGUUUUGUGGCUCAUGCUGGUGAUGGUCUGGCAUGGUCUGCGGUAGGGGACAACAUGUGCCAUUGGAACAGCAUACAUCAGGCAUGUCCAAAGUCUACUUUGGGGGCCUAAUCCAUCCCUCCAGUUGUUUAAAUCCAGCCCCUGUGGCAGUUUAUUUCCUGGGGUAAAAUCCUAAAAAAACCCCAACAACUCCAAUCAUAAACUCCAACCCUUUAAAAAGCUCAACAACUUUGGUUGGCCCUUUGGCCGGCCCUCAUGGCGCUUCACAUCAUCAAAUCUGGCCCUCUUUGAAAAAAGUUUCGACACCACUGGCAUACAUAGUCUUUACAGAAAGGAAAGGUGUGUUUGGCUUGGACACUAAAGUAGAAGAACACUGGGAACAAAAAUGUGUUGAGUUCUAAAUGGCUGAUUUUUCCCUUUAGAUGGAGCAGCCAUGCGGGCUGGGGUUCAAACUGGUGACCGAAUUAUUAAGGUGAGAACAUUUAGUGUCAUUAGAAGAGUAAAUUGCUGCUGGAGAGUGACAAGAAUGCUUCCGUGGUCGUCAUCACAGUGUUUUGCCAAAAUCUACCUCCCAGGAACAUUUGAGACACUGUGUGUUUUUCUAUAUUUAGAAUUGGCAAUGAGCAAGAGGUAUUUUUUUGCCAGAUGCUUUUUUUUUUUGUACAGCACUCUAGUUUCAUAACCUUGCUUUAUAAGCUGAUGUACAUUGCACAAGGCUUCAAUUUCAUGUCUACAAAAAGGUCUUUAAGCAUAGAGUUGGUGUUUGUAUGUGUGUGUAGAGGAGGGCAGAGCCAGAAUUCACUUCAGUUUCUCAUACAGUCCUCCAUCAAAAUCACAAGCAGAUUUGGAUUUGAUAUCCCGCUUUAUCACUACCCAAAGGAGUCUCAAAGCGGCCAACAAUCUCCUUUCCCUUCCUCCCCCACAACAAACACUCUUUGAGGUGAGUGGGGCUGAGAGACUUCAAAGAAGUGUGACUAGCCCAGGGUCACCCAGCAGCUGCAUGCGGAGGAGCGGAGACGCGAACCCGGUUCCCCAGAUUAUGAGUCUACCGCUCAUAACCACUACACCACACUGGCUAAGUGAAUAUUUGGCUCUAAAACAAUCUAAGAGUAUGACUCCAAAGGUUUUAUCUGUUGUUAAAUUGUAUGUCUGAUGCCUGUGAUGAAAAUCUUCUACUGUUUUAGUUCGAUAUUUCAGGGCAUUCUUGUCUGUCAUACUGUUGGAGCAUAGUUCUUGUUAAAAGGCAUGAAGGAAGUGAAAUCAGUUUAGCUUUGUAGCAUGGAAGACCCAUGUCAUGUACAAUUGAAAACGCAAAUUAACACAGCUAUUACCUCUUCCUAGGUGAAUGGGACUCUGGUAACUCACUCAAACCAUUUGGAGGUGGUGAAGCUGAUAAAGUGUGAGUAAAUUAAGGACAAACUGCUAUUGUUCUCCCUGGGCUGAAUCAUGGAGGUUGAACUGUCUGACUUGAGCCAGGGGACAGUUUGUAAUGGGAUUCUAGCCAUGAUACUGCUCUAUUACUGUCUGAAGGCAUUGGGGUGCAUUUCAGGAUCAUAGUAUUAAAUGGAAUCUGGCAUAAUUUGGAAAACUAUGAACCUGUGGGUAUGUAGCUUGAGACCUGCGGGUAUAGGGCGGUAUAAAAAUGUUAAUAUAUAAUAAUAAAUAAUUUUUUAAAACUCUCACAGUCUAUGAGACAGUUAAGGCUAUUUGACUAGCUGGUGACUUCCACUGCUUGUUUUGUUAAAAGCUAGGGAAAAAGUUGCUUAUCUGACAGUCCUUCACAUUUAAUUCUUCAUCUUGUCAACAUUAUUCAGUUGAUAUUAAACCUGUGCUUGUCAUGCUUAGUUGUCUUGAUUCUCUGCACUAUAGCUGAAGCAGGUGGAAUGAUCAUAUGACCAACUUCUUUAAACAGGGAUUAUGUGGCCCAGGACAACUCUGUGCUUCCUCUGCUCCUGUGGUACUGCACACAUUGUUUGGUGCUCCAGUGCCAUAAGUAUACAUGUGGCGGGUGCUUGAGAAAACAGAAGGAAUCUGCUUCCUCUUGUUGCACCUUUUCUAAUGUACACAAAUCCCUGACAAGCAUCACACUUUAGGAAUCCUGGGUCGAUACUUAAUGGCUAAAGUGGGUUUUGCUUGCUUGCAUGUGUUCUCUCAGUUGGUAGUCUUGGCAGAUAUCUUAGCGUGAGAAGUUUGCUUUCUGGAUGGAUACAAGAUGGUCACAAGACCAAAAAUAAAUGGCAUUUUGUCCUUUCUCUGCAGCGGGCUCCUAUGUAGCACUCACUGUGCAAGGGCGCCCACCUGGGUCGCCCCAGAUUCCACUGGCUGAUUCUGAGAUGGAUCCAGUAGCAUUUGGACACAUGUCUCCCAUCAUGACAUCUCCACACUCGCCUGGAACAUCUGGAAACACAGAGAGAAUUACCAGCCCGGUGUUGAUGGGGGUAAGAUCUAGCAGGUUUGGGAAGAAGUGGGUUAGACUAUGUGGUAUGAAAAUGUCCUUUGUCCUGCCCCAACCACUCUAAUGGUAAUAAAGUCUUAAGUCCUGAGAUGCAUCUGAUUAGUCUGCUACAAUAUAUAUUUCUCUGCCUAGCCAUAUUGCCACAGAACUCAAAUUGUUGUAUUUAUAUGGAGGCAUGAGAAAGAGGCAGAAUUGGGAUAGCAGUGGGUGGCACUGCUGUUGAUCUGUUAUGCUGCUGCUUGAAAUAGUAUUUUAUCCAGCCCAUCUGUCAUCCAUAAAUUUGAUUCUCUGCUGAAGGCAAGGAGAGAGGAUCACAUGAUAAUGAAAAUGCAACAAACAUGUCCCUGCUAAGAAAUAAAAUUAGCCCAGUGAUUGUGUUGUCUUAAAUACAAAAAUAAGUAUGGAUAACUUAUAAUGUGUUUUAACAUACUAACAUACUGUGAGCAAUUUAGAAUACUUUGUAGAAGAUCUAUUUGAGAACAGUUGAACUUGCCUUGUAAUUAUGUUUUGCCUUCUCUUCUUAUCAGGAGGAAAAUAAUAUUGUUCAUAGCCAAAAGGUGGAGAUUUUGAGGAAGAUGCUUCAGAAGGAGCAGGAGAGGCUACAGGUACUAAAGAGGAAUCUUUUGGAGAAAAAAAAGAAUGCUGCUUCCUAAAUUGGCCAUUUAACCUGGUUUAACAUCUAAAUCCCAAGCACAAUGCAUGAAUGAUUGUACAUUUGAAAGCUCUAAGAUUAAGUCUGCAUUGAAUGUUUCUCAGGCAGGCAUCUUCAUGUUACCUUAGAGCAGGGGUCAGCAACCUAAGGCCCAUGGGCCAAAAGCAGCCCACAGGGUCGUUUAAUGGGCCCAUGAGCCGCCCCCGAACCGAGCUGCCUGCUUGGUGAGUCCCUGCACGCUGUGCUAAACUGGAACAGCACGGCUUGGGGACUCGCUUCCGCGGUGCUGAAAAUCACGUCGACACAGACGCCGGAAAUUGCGGGGGCAUGCGCACACACGAUCCGGUCCACAGGGGGAUCUCCACUUGAGUGAACCGCUCCAGGCAAGGUAAACCUUGCUGACCCCUCCCUUAGAGAAACAAAAAGUCACAGAACCUCUGGAAGUGAAUAUUAGUGCAGUUUACUAUUCUUAGGCAAUGUUUCAAGUUAAUUUAUUUUUAGAUUUGGGAGACACAUUGCCUCCUGAUCCCAGCCAUUGCAUUAACUUGAAUCAUUGGUUGCUAAUAUGGAGGGAAAUGGGACAAAUGGCUAUAGAAACCUGUAUAGAGUUGUUUUUAGUCUUCAGUGUAAUUGCAGAACUAUAUGUGUAUAUAUCCAGUUUUUAGUAAUUUUAUAUCUGGCACAUUCUUGUAUACUACAGAGCACUUCACCAAUUCAAACUAAUUUAUCUUUACAAGGCUGAGGAGUCCUUGUCUGUGGCCUCCCAGUGACCUUCAGCCCUUUUUGUCUCCGACAUUCUCUCACUGAACUGAUUGCAUUAGUAGGAAUAGUAUUUAUUUAUUUUUAUUUCUUACAAUUUAACAUUCAAUAUUAAAACACAGUGUAAAACAAAUUACAGUCACAAGAAUAAGGUGGGUGCUGAAAACGUGCCUUAAAUAGUAUUUGAAACUUGGCCUGUAAAUAAAACCAGGGAAUAAUGAUGGAAUGAUUCUCCAAAUCUUUAAAUUGUUUUAGUUCUUGCAAGAAGAUUACAGCCGCACUCCCACUCCAAAACUGCUCAAGGAGAUCCAGGAAGCCAAGAAGCACAUCCCUCAGCUGCAGGAACAGUUGUCCAAGGCAACAGGCUCCAUUCAGGUAAUGGGAAUGCUUGCAGUCUUGAUCAGACUAUCCUAGAAGGGAAUGUUGUGUGGGAGGAGGAAACUGUUCCCAGCUCUGUCUGUGCCGGUUUGCACAAGCUUGCAGUGUUCUCUGAGUGCAGUAAAUUAAAGUACACACAAGUUAAAGCUUGGUCUCAUUUCUGAUUGAGCUCAUAGAAACUGAUGAUUGAUGAGGAGAUCAUUAUGCAGAGGAUUUAAAGCCUUUUUAUGAGUAAUUACAUGCAUACCUUGUUCAAAUGGUUUAGUAGGGUUAAAUAUAGCUGUAUGCAGAUGCCUGGCCCUUUUUUAAUGUUUUGGGGAGCCCUUAAAUUAGAGGCCAAGAUGUGUUUUACAUAGUUCUCAUCAGGGACCUGCAAAAUUUUACAUGUCCCUCUUCUGAUAUAGCUCACUCUUUUAAAAUUUUUGUUAAAGCAUCACUAUGUGGGGUGCUUGGUGUUUCUUACCCCUGUCUGUCUAUUUACAGGAUGGAGUUUUAUCUUCCAAGUCUGUGGCAGAGUCAUUGCAGAUCAGCGAGGUAGAGACUGAGAGCGGGGAUGGGCUGAACAAAGGAGACUGCAGUUUUGGUGAUGGCUCCCAGUUAAAUAGUGACACAGCUGAGGUGAGCACUUUGCUUGAAGCAGCAUGUGACUUGAUUAGUGAGGUUUGUCUCAGCCAGUAUCUUGUAUUUGGAAGGCAACCAAUCCUCUUCUGAUAGAAGCAAGUGAAACCCAGUUUGAAAGAGUUAUGGUAGUUUUAGUGUGCAUGUCACUUGACAUCUCCCUUAAAAAUUGCUGUUUCUAUCCUGUUUCUCCUGCCUUCCUCCAAAGAGUACCAGGUGGCUUUAUGUGCAAAAAAAAUCUUCUGAGGUGGGUUUGACUGACUUAGUGACUUGACCAAGAUGACCCUGUGAGCCUCCUGGCCUAGCAGGAAUUUGAACCCACCUUUUCAAGCCCAGUUUUGAUCUCACAAAUAAUUCCUGCUUCUGUAUUCUUCCUGUUGCCUCUCCUACCUUUCAGAUGCUUAAGCUGUUAGUCUGCAUACUUAGAAAAAAAGGUGUGAGGACAGAAUCCAAUGUUGUGUGGAAGCCUGCCGUGUGAGUCUUCAUUGGCAGCCUGGAGAAGGAGUGCCAUAUUUUUCAAGCCCGGGGUUUCCUGGCACACACCCAGUUGCUGUGCAGAGAACAGCAAUGCUGGCCUCUCCUAGAGAACCAAGGGGAAUAACAGUACCUUUCAGAACAUGUUAGAAGCCAUUUUGUGGUUAGAAUGACUCAAACUUUUAGGGGCAAUUUGCCAUUAAAGGGAAGGGGCAGGAGCUUGAUUCCUACCACAGACAUCUCAGUCCCUUUCCAACUGUUUUUUGUGUGUGAAUUGAAAUAUUUGGGUAGGGCUCAGGGCAACCUAAACCAUUGCAUACUAGCCUAGGUUAAUAUAUCUCCAGGUUUAAAGCAAGAGAACUAACUGAUAUUUUCUCUUUUGGGUAGUGGCUGUCUUACGUCACCUCACUCCCCUCCCCUCCAUCACCUAAUUUUUUAAAUAGUGACUUUUAAAAAUCUGUGACACCAUUGUAAACUUGAUAGUUUUAAUUACUGGCAUAUGUUUAUGAAUGGUGCCGCACAGAUGUGAACACUAGAUUCCUAACCUGGCAGAAGCAAGUACUUUGAAGCUGUAUACUUGGAAUGCUUUCAGACAGGAGUUUUUUGUGGAGUUGCUGCUGAAUUGCUGCUGUUUGUACACCCAGUCCCACCCCCAGCAUUCUUACAAUGCCACCAUCACAGUACAACCCCCUUUAAGCUUCAUUCCAGAUUUCCCUUUUCUGCAGAGAAUCUGAUAAGCAAAAAUAGCCCUAAUCAUCCGCAGUCAUUGCUGCUGUGGAAGUUCAUUAGUGCAUUGCGGGGGCAGUGGAUUGCUUGCCACGUUUGUGGAAUUUCAGUGGGUGGUCUCUUACCACCACACCUCUCUUUCAUUUUUUCCUCACCUGAGCAGAACAGAGUGAUUUUUUUCCUGACACCCCACUGCCAAGCAAAAUACACUUAUUACGAUUGAUUGCUGCAUGCUGUGAAGGCGCACAGCAACCCAUUUUGAAUGAGCUAUUCCCUCAAGAUCUCCAUGCUGUAAAUGUACAGGAUUGUCUCUGAGGCAGCAAUCAAAGUACAUACACCAGACUUUAACAAAUGCAGAGGUUUUUACAUUAUUUUUGUAAAUGAAUUAUUAUACAUGCAUACAAAUAGGACAAUACUUGAUAUACACACAAAUACACUUUUCAUGUUAGGCUAUACGUACAUUAUUCUGCCAUGAUUUUCUUUAUUAAAAGAAAGUGUAUAUGUUACAAAUAGGAAAUGCUAUUUAUAUGACUUUUACAAAGUUCAUAAGCAGGAAGUAAUUGGUGUGUGUGGGGGGGAGUCUAAAGCUUAUAAUUCUGUUGAUUGCUGUUAAGUGAUGUUUUGGUAGCCUUUGGUAUCACUGGGCAUUUUCAGGUUGAAUGAAUGAAGACUCAAUUUAGGCCCAUAAUCCAGUUUUAAAAAUGACUGCAAUUUGGAAUUUAUCAGAAAUGGAGGCUCUUCUCUUUACUCUAAGAAAGUAGUUGAACAGUUAUUUACCUAAACUUUCAAGUAAGUGUGUGUGCAUGUGCAUGCACACCAUUUUAGUAAAUAUAAUUUUGAGAGAAAAAUGAGGAUUUAAUAAAAAGUGGGAUGGGGAUCCUAGGCAUAAAAAACCCAAAACCACAGCAUAUCUUUCCUCCAAAGGAGGCAAAAUUCUUAGAGAGAUUUGCAUAAAAUUUCUUGUAGGCUUCUCAUGGUUAAGAUGAAGUAUUAGCAUUGUAUAAACAAUUAUAGUUAAAUAGUGGAUCAUUUGGCCGCUUUGAUUAUCUUUUUAAUACUGAGGUGCAUUUUCUGCCACAAUCCUAUACUUGCUGGGAAUAAGUCCAGCAAAACUAGGUGGAUCUUACAUCUUGGUAGACUUGUGCAAGAUUGUGUUGCCAGCUGGGUUUUUUUGAAAACAGUUUUUAAAAAGAGGAGCAAGCCAGAAAUGUCUAAAAUUAAGUUUGUUUCUCUUUCAUGUCCCAAUGAGAUUUUAAGGCCAAAUGAUUUUGAGAUAACAGUAUCUCAGGGAGGAUACUAUACCAUUCUUUAACAUCCUCAGUAUUCUGCGUUAACAAGUUCUGCUUUAUUGCAGAAGAAUAUAGAACUUGGUUACUCAUAUACACUAUAUGAUGAUGUUGGUGCCCAUUAAUGUUGUUUUAGCUCUAAUGUAUACUUUACAAGUGUAUGAUUGCAGGAGUCAUGGGAUUGUCCUUUCUUGUUUGUUCUCAUUUUUUGAUACUGCAAGCACUGCAAAGAAAACUUUCUCUCUUUGUUCUUCCUAGAGUCCCCGGGGUGGCCUGAAGGAACGAAUCUAUCUGGAUGAGAGCCCAGAGAAGAGUGAGACACAAGAUACUGUGAGUGUAUGAUAAAGAUUUUGGGUGUAUGAGGUGUUAGGGGAGGGGUAGUAUCUCUAGUGUGGGAUAUGUAUAGCUCCUUCUGGGGUUGUUUGUCCACCUUUGGUUCCCACCCUGCACUCAGCUCUCACCAGUGGCUCCUAGAAACUGUCAGUAUCUGACAGUGGCCACACCCUGGGAAACUGCUAUGACUGGCCAGCUAAAUCAGGUGAGGGUAGCUGAUGGGUCUCAAACCCUCAGUGAGUUAGGAACUUCUGUUACAUGCAAAGACAGGCAAUGGUGGAUUGAGUGGAUGAGACUAAUAGUGGGUCCAACAGUCAAGAAGGUUUUUGCAUGUGCUAUAGAAGGAAGUGAGGGGCAGGUGGGGCUCAUCAACUUGGGAAAGUAGCCUUUCUAGGAGAAGGAAAAGUCUUAUCCUAAACCUCUGCUGCCUUGUGGGAUAUAUUCAAGAGAAGAAAAGGCUGAGGAGUAAACCCUACGCAAAUCCGGAGCAGAGUCCCUAAGCCGGUUGGAUGGCACCUUGGUUGCCUCCUUCUGGCAGCUCCUGCAACAGGACUGGUGCCAGAUGUAUUGCUCUGCUUUCCUUUGGACCAUAUUAGUGAUGACAGGAGAGAGGUCUUGUCAUCUGGGCAGCCCAGGACCUCCAUACACACUACCGAAGCUUGACCCCAAGGAGAUCCCUUUGGUGUUGCUAAUGCAGUGGUUUGACUUCACCCUGGAGGUGCACUGCAUUGCCUCUCAAGACAGAGGAAUGGCAACAACAACCACAGCAACCAUGAAGAUUUAGAUAGCAACUUUUGGUAUAGCCUUACUGUCAAGAGUCCCUGUUAUUCUUAUAUUUUCCUUAUUCUUUAGAUGUGAAUUGGUUCCAGUCUUUUCAGAUGACACUUUAAUCUUGAAUUCAUUUUUUGUAGAAAUUCAUCUUUAUAGAAAUCAAGGCUGUUGAGAAAUUUGUGUUAAGAAACAAGAGAUUUCAUUCAUUUAUUUUAUUGUCUUUUGUUGAAUGCUUCCUAAUGUGCCAGCCAGGAUUUUGUAUUUAUCAGAGCAACUCUCUUGUUGUAAUCAGUUGAGAAUUGCCACUCAACGCAAGGCUGAAGGGAGGGGCUAAUAGGUCUGUGCCAGAGCACAGGCAGACAUUCCUAGGUUCAGUCCUCAGCAUUUUCAGUUAAAAGGAUAUGAGAAAGCAGGGCUUCCUCAUGAGAGCAGCUGCCAGUUCAUUGAUAGUGCUGGGUUAGAUAGAUUAAUGGUCGGACUCAGCUAUUGGUUUGUGCAUUGAACAGCAGCUAUGGGCCCAUGUGGAUGUCUUCUGUGUACUUAGUUAGAAGGAUUAUAUAACACUGGGCAACAAUUUUUUACUUUUUGAAUGUUGUCUAGAUUUCUACAACUGAUUUAGGGUAUUUUUGCACUGCUGAAUCAGGAAAUGGCAUCCGUUUCUCUCCAUCAGGUCAGGUUUUUGUGCUAUGUUGAUUUGAAAAAAUCAGAUCUUGUGACAAAAUCGAUUACAUUUUUGUGGCAUUAUCAGCUGAUUUUUGACAACACAUAUCAUCCUAAAUAUGUUUUUAAGAGAAAAAAAUGUUUUUCCAACAAUAUAUAUUGAUUACCUGAUAGAAACAUCGAUUACUGUAAACUGAAUGGUGGACAUUGAUAAAGGUAAGUACACGUAAAUUGCAUGUUGCUUCACCAUUUUUCAAACUUCAGGACUUGAACUUCCGUUUUUUGGAACUCCUGGAAUGCUCAGUGGCAGGGAGGUCUCUCUUCAGAGUCCAACAGUAGUCAGCCAUCAUGACUGCGUCCCAGCGACCCUAAUACCUGGUCUCCAUCUCUUUCAUGUCCUGAUGGAAUCUCUCCCCUGCUCGUCACUCAUUGAACCCAGGUUCUCAGGAAACCGGUCCAUAUGUGAAAAUAGGUAGUGCAUCUUGACGCUCAUGUUGCAGCCCAGGUUUCUGAAAGCAGUCAGCAUGUUGUUGACAAGUUCUGCGUAGUUUCUGGCCUUAUUGUUGCCAAGAAAGUUCUUCACUAGCAGAACAAAUGCCUUCCACGCUUCCAGUUCCACUUCGUUCAUUGAGUUUCUGAACUCUGGAUCUCUGAUGAGCUGACGGAUCUGAGGUCCGUCAAAGAUGCCAGCUUCCAACUUCUCCAUGGUCAAUCCUGGAAAAGCCUGACACAAAUAAGUGAAGCAGUCACCAUCCUUGUCCAGAGCCUUGGUGAACUGCUUGAUUAAGCCGAGCUUGAUGUGCAGCGGUGGGAAGAGUAUUCUGUCUCUGUCCACCAGAGGGUUGUUGAUGACGUUCCUUUUUCUGCAAGGCACCAAUUCCUCCCGCACAGGCCAGUCCUUCUUCGUGUAAUGCUGAGCAAGGUUCCUACUAUCCCACAUGCACAGAAAACAUGGGUACUUGGUGAAGCCAGACUGUUGUCCCAACAAAAAGUUCACCAUCUUCAGGUCAACAUAAAUAAACCACUUAUGCUGAUCAUAACCAAUUUUCUCCAGCACAUACUUCACCCCUUCAUAGUUCUCCUUCAGUGUACUCGAGUGAGCCAGGGGUUUUGAUCCCCCAACUUUAUGCUUUGCUGCACCAAUUUAUGGAAGAUUUCGAGGUUUUAUGACUUCAAACUGAUCCCUUUCGACAUAAUCACCCAGAACUAUCGGACCUGAAUACUUCUUGUCAUUAAAAUAAUCAUUUCCAAUCAAAACAAUUAUUCGACAUGGCAUUUUACCCCCACCAACUUCUUCUAAAAUGCUCCACACAAGCAAACAUGUGAACAAAAACGUAAAAAAAUGACAUGUGGCCAUAGCUCAAAAACUUGACCUGAUUGAGCAAAACCAAAGUGAUUUUUGGAUUCAGCGCAUCAGAUUUGUCCUAAAUCAGCUGAAAAAACGCAGACAACAAAUUUGUUGUUGACCAGUGUAAUUUAAUGAGCAAGGAUUGCAGCAUGUGGGUUUGAAGUGUUUUGUCCUUUUCUUUGAGUGCCCUUGAACUUGAGGUGCAAACUCUAGCAGUGCUUGGGUUAGCUCUGCCUUGCCAUUAAGGAAGAUAAUUUGUGUUUUCCCUCUAUGUUUAUACCCCACUUUUUUUACUGCAAUCCGCAGAGUGGUUGACAACAUUUUAUAAACAUACUACUCAUUCAUUUAUAUCGCAACCAUUUAUAUAGUGCUUAACAACAUAGUAUCUAAGCAAUGGUAUAAGGCUACAAAAGAGAUACUAUAUAGCUGAAACCAGUUAAAAUUAGACAAACUUGGAUUACUUGAAAUACUCACUGAAAUAAAAAUAAACAAUAACAAAAGUUCUUCAUCAAACACCAGAAGUUCAGCAGUGAGGGGGUCUGAUCUGAGCCAGGAUGGAGUUACUGAGCUGGUAGAUAGAUGUUGGCUGGUAGCACCAUGCAUUGAAGUCAUAGGCCACUAACAGUGACAUCUCCAAAGACUUUUGUGAUUGGGCAAGGAUGUAAGGCAUAUCAUUGCAUCAAGAACAGCUCACUUAAAAUGAAAACAAAUCCUGCAAACAACCAGCUCUGCUCAAGCAAGAAUUAGCAUGUUCUGUUCUGAUCUGUUGGGCAGUUGAUGUAAGAUACCCUAUUAGUUUGAGAGGAGUCAGUCCAGGUGAAACAGAAGCAGGAUCCUGAUGAUGUCUUGAUCUCUCACAUAUAUUUCCCGUAUAUUUCACUGUAGUUCUUUACAAUGGUCUAUAAUUCUCCAUGUACCACAUAUACAGUGCUUGCUACACGUAUAAAUAUGGGUAAUGGCUCAAAUACCUUUUUUUGAGGAUAAAUUAUACAGAACGUCAUUUUCCAUAACUGUGCUACAUAAUUCUGACUGCUGAAUUUCAGUGCGGUGUAAUUUUAGAAAGACCCUUGCAGCAUACAUGAUGUGGAUAAAUUAAGUAGUGUUAUUAUAACAAACAAACAUCACCGGUUCUUGUUUUUAUCCUAAACUAAUCAGCUGAAUAAAAAUACUAAACAGAACGCCCUUGUUUUAUCCACAUUCGUCAAAAAAGCAGUUCCUUGGAUUAUUAUUUGUUUCUUCCUUUGUCAAUGCUAGGACUCUCAAUCCAGUAUUGGAAGUCCCUCCAGUCGUAUUGCACCUCCAAUCAUAGGAGCAGAAGAUGACGACUUUGAUGGUGAACAGGAACAGGUGAAUUUUUAACUGUUCUCUUGUUAUUGUAAAAGACUGGUUGUGGUGUGAUUGCUUCCCUAUGGCUAAGUGACAGGUUUGUUCAUGCAGGAUUUUGUUUUGGUGGUGGUAGGAGCCCCUCUUGGGAAAAUUCUAUUAAACUUGUUAGAGGAUUCAUUGAAAGGCUGACCUCAGCCAGCAGUAAUUGAUUGGGAUUUUUUUGUUUUAAAAGAUAUAGGGUGGGAGCCAUUUUUUCUAUCCUAAUUUGUAAAUAUGCUUAAUUUAGUGGCUUUCCUGAAUUUUCUUGUCCUGGUACAGAAGAGGGGUGGGACUUGGGGUCGUCAUUUCUAACCCUGCUUCCCUUCUGUAGGAUAGUGGCUUUUGAUUUUCCCGGUCAUCAGGACCUUGAUAAUAAUAAUAAUAAAAAUGUAAUAAUUGCUUUGCAGAACCUACCAGUUAUAAUGGUCUACACCUUUAGAAUGAAACUGGCAGUAAAGCAAAAUAAUCCUUUGCCCUGUUGGAGAGUGCCUUAGACGGAGGAGGAUAUUCCCCCCCCCCUUUUUUUUGUCCUGGCUGCUUUAGUUCCUGAAAUUAUAUAUUUGGAUGUUUCCACUGUUGAUAUUUAUUGAUUUCAACUGUUUUAUGUAUAAUGUGAACCACAUUAAUAUUUGUAAUCAUAUGAAUGAAAAUUAGCAUUUACAUUAAAAUAAAUAAAUAAGCCCAUCUCUUCGAAAGUAUUUUGACUGACUGGAGAUUUAUAAGGAGAUUAAAUGUGUGUGUUUAGAAACUGUGUUAAAAUGCAGGGUGGUGUGGAAGGAAAAGGAAGCAAGCUUAUGCCAAGUUUUUCUGAAUCAACAAAAUGAGGGAGGGAGGAGGCAGAUAUCUUGGAGGUGUUGGUUCUGAUAUUGUCUCAUCUGUAUGUACAGAUCAAUGGGCAGUGCAGCUGUUUCCAGAAUAUAGAGCUGUUGAAAUCUCGCCCUGCUCACCUGUCUGUCUUCCUGCAUCAUGUCGUGUCCCAGUUUGACCCUGCUUCAUUGGUAAGAUGCCAUUCUAGAUGUUGUUUCAUGUUGUGAAUCUAAUGGAUUUUGAAUUUCUAUUUAACCUAUUUCCAUGCAGUCAUAGCCUUUUGGGUUCAGGAAGAAAAACCCUUAUUUAUUUCCAGAUUUUAAAUUUAGUUCAGAAAUGAAGUUAAUGCUCAAAGCAACUCGGCUCCUGGUGUUGGUCUUGUGUUUCUCGAAGGAAAUUGUAACUCCUUUAGACUGUCCUUUUAAAAAAUCCUUUUCUUUCCUCAUAGCUUUGCUAUCUUUUUGCGGACCUGUACAAACAAACAAACUCCAAAGAGACUCGGCGUGUCUUUAGUGAGUUUAACCAGUUCUUCUUGGAUCGAGCUGCGGUAAGUUCCAAAGCACGCAUACCAUUCUUCCUAUAUGUAUUACUAAUUGCAACUAAUUUUGCUUUACUGAUCUUUGAUUUGAUGGUCUCAGGGAGCAAGUUUUAACUUUAAAUCAUCAUAAUUGCUCUGUAACCAAAUGUUCACAUUGAGGCAGAAUAGGCAGAGUCCCAUACAUUUCCAAGGCAGAUUAAUUUUUAGAUGUAGUUCUUAGACCAACUAAUUAAUUUUUAGAUGUGGAUCUUUGCUCAGCUUACAUUUCACAUUAAACCAAAGUUUAAAACACACUAUGGUUUACUGUAAACAAGUUUCCACGGUGCUCCCCCUCUUCUCCUGCAGCUGCCAUGCCACAGAUGAAAUGUGUCGGAAUCUGGCUUGUUGUUUAUUUGGAAAAUGCAGACCUUGGUUUGUUUGGUCUGCAGCCCAGCAGCAGUAGAAGGGAAGGCACAUCACAAUAACAGCUUAUUCACAUUAAACCAUAGUUUAAUGUGAAUUUAAAACUAAUGUGACACGUGAACCAGUUCAUAACAGUCUUGAUCAAGGGACCCAACACAGUAAAAGGUUGUAUGCCUCAUGCUUUGUGUGUGUGUGUGUGUGUGUGUGUGUGUGCGCGCGCGCGCGCAUGCAUGCAUGACCACACCCUGAGAUGAUGUGCAGUCGGAGGACAUCUCUGAGGAUGUGAAGGUGCCUAGACUGAUUGAUUGAUUUUACUUGUACCUUUUUAUUGUUGCAGAAUUUGAAAGUCCCAGUCCCAGAAGAAAUUUCUGCAGAUCUAGGUAAGAUUAUUUUAAAUCUUGCAUUGAGAAUGCUUUCUGAUAAGCACCUAUACUGAAGGGGUUUUGUGUCCUCACAAGACUCCCUGUGAUAUCACAGAGCUGAAUUUAGGAGACAGAAAGAAAUUGCAUUGGUGUUUAUGUAAUGCAGACCUGCUGUGGGCUGCUAAAUCCUUUGGUAACUGGGCAGGAAGAUAAUCCAUGCUGCAGGACCCAAGAAAAAAAAAAUAUCACAGAGAAGUCUUUCAUUCUGAGUGAAACAGAUUGACAUUUCUUCCUUUUACCUGCAGAAAAGAGAAGGCUAGACUUGAUUCCUGAAGAAUUGCACCGCCACUAUAUUCAAACUAUGCAAGAUAAAGUUUUUCCUGAAGUCCAGAGGCACCUUGAAGAUUUUAGGUAUAUAUUGAUUCUGUGUGGCUUUCUGCUGGCUUCAAAGAGUAAUUUUGCAUCUUCUUUCUGACCUUCUGGCAUGGUCCCAGUAUGGGAUGACUAGAGCAUAGGCCAAAGCAUUGAAGCCUUUUGGAGAGGGUUUGGCUUCUGCCCUUUUACAGCAGCAGAAGUAGCAGUAGGAAGGGUUGCGGCCUCAGCCUUUCCUGUUUAGCUCUCUUCUCAGCUGCCCUGCCAAGCAGCUGACCUCCAUAGAGUCAGUCCUUCCUGGGAAGAGAAAAUCUCUGCUUUUCAGUGAAAUGGAUCACUGUAAAAUUAUUAUUAUUAUUUUAAAAAUAGUCCUCUUCAAAAUUCAGAACUUCUUUUUGCCGAGAUAAAUUCUCUGUGUGGGAAACUUCCAGAGUCCAAGAAACUCAUUUCUGUGACAUUAAAGAAAGAUAGUCAGUUAUUGUUGCUGUUUCAUGAGCAGGUCUUCUAGCCUGGUAUUAAUAUUCUGUGCAUGCCUGAUAGGGAAACCAACUGGCUGGCACAGGCAUAGCAACUGACUUCACAGUGACCCAGCAGUUCCUGUGCUCAGCAUAGAUUGUUUAAGCCAGUACUUGCUGGUCACUGUGUGUAAAAAUCAGUGCUUCAUGUUAAGGUUGCUGCACUGCAAGCUUACAACUUUGAAGUACUUGUUAGCUUCACCUUCUGCAGUGUGAAGUACAGUCUGUUGGCAGCAGAUUGCUCAAGGGUACAAGCUUGAUAGUGGCAUGACUGGCUACGAUGCCCCGAGGGCACAUGUUAGCUGCCCUGAGUGAUGGGUGUACAUUUCUUCAGUUCUGCUUCCCAGUAAUUUCAUUCAGGCUGCUGUUCCCCUUUGUAUUCAGACAGAAACGCAGUAUGGGGCUGACCAUGGCAGAAGGAGAGCUAGCCAAGCUGGAUGCAGAACGUUUUCGUGACCGGAGCACACUGGAGAAGGAGAGAGCAUGUGCAGAGCAGAUCAUUACCAAAAUUGAAGAAGUGCUGUAAGUGUGCGUGUGUUGGAUGUGGUAUCUCUGGCUCCCAUAAGCAGAGAAGGGAAUUUGAUGAUGAUGUCUGUCACAGCUGCAUUUCGUUGUAAUAAGGCUCAUCUCUAGUCCUAACCAGGACUCAGUUUUUCAAAGGACCUACAGAACCUCAAAAAGAAUUCCAUUCUGUAAAAGUUUGGUCUGAUAGGUAAUUCAGAAUUUGUCAGGCAGAAUUAGAGAGAACAGGAUGAUGAUGCGACUGCUAAUUGGCUUCUUCUGCCACUUUCCUUUGCAGGAUGACGUCUCAACCCAUUGAAGAAGAGAAGAGGUAAGCAAAUAGUUUCAUAGCUGUUGUUUUUAGUAGUGCCUUUGUCCCAGUCCUGCUCAGUGUUGUCUGUGUCGUGACCAGGUGGAGAGAGCCCUCUGCUGGCUGUGUGGGCAUAUUUAACUUCUAAGUUCUAAGCAGUACACAGUAAACUCAGUACUGUAAGUGCUAUGACUCCUAUCUUUCUGUAGCGUGAAAAGCUCCCCACCACUUUGUUUCUUUUUACUUUCUGGCAGCAUUCAGUAAAUUUGCAAAUCAGGUAUAUCUUGCUUUCAAUAACUUCUAGUUCACUUUCUACAUGAUUAUUCAAACUUCUCCAUAGCUCAGCAGUAGAGUACAUGCUUUGCAUGCAAAAGGUCCUAGGUUCAGUUCCCAGCAUUUUCAUGUAGGGCUUGGAAUGUCCCCUCUCUGCAACUCCAGUGAGCUGCCGCCAGUCAGUGUGGGCAAUACUGAUUUAGCUGGACCAAUGGUCUUACUCAGUAUAUGGCAGCUUCCUGUGUUCUUUAAAUUUCCAGCUUUUAAUUCUGUAUUGGCCCAAAUAUAAUCCACACCUGCAUAUGAACUGAACCCUUAAAAGUCAAGGCUUAUUUGUGGGUGCGGCCACCAAGCCAGUGCUGACACUUGGCGCCCCGCUCCUCAAGCUGGCACCAGCUUGAGGAGCUGGGUGCCUGCCUCUCAGCUGGUUGGCGGUGUGUGCACUCCCUAGCUGCUUGGCGGUGGGGGGGGGGGGAGCAUGCACAGGCCAACCAGCUAGGGAGCGUGCGCACCGCCAACCAACUGGGAGGCUGCAUGCACUCCCUAGCUGCUUGGCAGUGUGUGUGGGUGGAACGGUGUGCCUGCCUCCUAGCUGGUUGGCGGUGCGCACACUCCCAUGGUGCUUGGCGAUGGGGGAGAGCGGUGUGCCCGUCUCCCAGCUAUUUGGUGGUGUGCAUGCAGCUGGGAGGUGGGCACGACACUCCCCUCAACCAGUGUGGUGUAGUGGUUAAGAGCGGUAGUCUCGUAAUCUGGGGAACUGGGUUUGCGUCUCCGCUCCUCCACAUGCAGCUGCUGGGUGACCUUGGGCUAGUCACACUUCUUUGAAGUCUCUCAGCCCCACUCACCUCACAGAGUGUUUGUUGUGGGGGAGGAAGGGAAAGGAGAAUGUUAGCCGCUUUGAGACUCCUUAAAGGGAGUGAAAGGCGGGAUAUCAAAUCCAAACUCCUCUUCUUCUUCUUCUUCUUCUUCUUCUUCUUCUUCUUCUUCUUCUUCUUCUUCUACCGCCAAGUAGUUAGGGAGCACUCGCCACCAACCUGCUGGGAGGCAGGCGUGCUGCUCCCCCCACCCCCACCGCCAAGCAGCUUUCAGCAGCAUAUGGUAAAAAGUCACGAAUAUAAGCCACACCUUAACUUUUCAGGGCCUUAAAUUGGAAAAAAAAGUGUGGCUUAUAUUUGGGGCAAUACGGUAGUAGUCAUCAGGCUUGUUAUUUCUUUACAAGCAGAAUAGAUAUGCUGGCCAUUAAUAAGGGUAUCAGUGUGUUGUGCAGAAGCAGUACAAACUGAUUCUCCAAUGCCAGGCAAGUCAUUAAGUAAAGAGAAAAUUAUUUGCUACUUUCUCAUUUCCCCAUUGCUUAAUUCUAGCAACCUGAUACUACUUUUUAUGUGGCUUAAAUAUAUUUUAUAUUUCUGUUUGACCUUACCUACAGUUCAAGCAUACAAUAUGUGGUUCUCACCUACAUGAAACAUCUUGGUGUGAGAGUCAAAGAGCCCCGGGGGCUAGAUCAGAAGCGACGGAUUGGGUUCCUCCCAAAAAUAAAGGUAAUAGUGGCACAUCUUUGGUUAGAAUUUCUAUCCAACUAAGUUUGGCGGGCAGACAGACUAAUGAAAAACAGUAGUUGACCUAAAUAGCACCUUGGUCUUAACUGUUACUAAAUACUUCCGCUAUCUCCUAGAGCAUACUUCAUUAGAAGCUACUUGCGCUUCUUGAUUGGCAAUAUAGGAUCUAAUUGAGAACACAGAAAUCCUCUUUAGCCUGCAAAGGCAUUUUGCCUCACUGGAAAUCAGUUGCACAGUGGAAAAUAAUUCUGAACUAACAAGGGUGUUGCAAGACAAUUCACCUGUGUCCAUGGUUCCGAACAUCUAAUGAAAAUUUCUUUUUAACUGGGUUCAUGUGGGAAGGCUGCCUCAAUGAAUGCUCUCUUUGACUUCCUUUCAACAACAGCAGAGUAUAAAGAAAGAGAAGGAAGGAGAUGAAAAGAAGAGGAGAGUCUUCCCCAAUAUUCUGGGACCCCCAAGGAGGCCAAGCCGCCAUGACAGCUAUGCAAGUAUGUAAGAUGAAGAAAUAUAUUAUUUUUCUAGCAUCCUGACUGAAUUGUCCCAAAGCUGAGCAUUGCUAGUGUGGGGUGGAUUAUUUGAGUGAAAACACAAUCUCUCUGCAGCUGAUUACCUCUUGUCUAUCCAGUAGGCAGAGCCAUGGAAAUGCAAAAGCAGCGCCAUCCGAAGCACUUAUCCACACCUUCCUCCAUCAGUCCAGAGCCACAAGAUUCAGUCAAGAUGCGCCAGAGUGGGUCCAGCGAUGGCACAGAUGCAGCCUACCCACCUGCUAACCUCAUGUCUCCACAAGCUGCUGGAACUUUUCUUUCCCAGGAAGGGAGCAAGGACAGUGAAACAGGUGAAAAGAAAAUAAGAUUAAAAACUAUGUGCUUUAUGCUCUCCUCCCAGAUUCAAGAAAACAAAUGUUAAACUGCCACCAGAAUUUCACCAACAUGUAGGCUGCAGUCCUUUUGGGGUUGCUGUAGGUCCCUAACUGCUGAAGACUCAGUUACUUCUUGCUUGGUGAUGGCGGUGCAGAGAAAUGAGGUGGAGACACAAAGUAAUUCUUGAAAUGGAUGUGAUUGAUCAAAGUAUGAGAGAGAAAACCCUUAUUUUAUUUUUUUAGGGUCGAAGCAAGUUGGAGAAACUCCAUCGUCUAGUGACUCUCUGGAUGGUACGCCUCGUACACCUAAUACCGUCUUUGAUUUCCCAUCUCCACCACUUGACCAUUUGCAGGAAGAGGAAGGAGAGUUUGACAGGCAAGUCUUAGCUUUGAGGAUAAGUCAUCAUUGCCCAGCCUUUGUUCUGGGUGUGGGUGAGAGGAAAAUGGGGCACCAAUCUACGUAGAAAUCUAGAAAGGCAAUGGUGUUCUAAAUUUCUAACCUGUUCUCUCACUCUACAUGUAGCAUAACACACUCCUAGAUGGUAUGGAACCUUUAUGUGCAACCUAGAACUUUUGUUUUAGACCAUGCUAUAAGAUUUGUGACUGACUGCCUUGCUCCAUCAAUCAAUGUUUGAUAAAUAAUUAUUUCCCUUCUAGGUUAGCAGAAUCAGGAACACCAAAAUCUUUCCGCAAGUGAGUACAAAUGUGAAAGCAGAUUUUGUCAGUGACACCUAAAUUAGGCAGAGUUCACUAGAAUAAAUAUCUGCUUGUGCUGCCUUCAGGUUAGGGAGGGCUUCAGGUGUUUAGAGGUGUUUUUAAUAUUCUGUUGGGAGCUGCCCAGAGUGGCUGGGGAAACCCAGCCAGAUGGGUGGGGUAUAAUUUUAUUUUAUUUUAUAUAUAUAUAUUUUAUUAUUAUUAUUAUUCAGAUUCAAAUACAUUAAUAUAAAGUUCUGUUUGGAUACCUAGGCACAAUGCAGGACUGCUUGAUAUAAGGAUAAAGUGUCAAUAAAAAAAUGCUGCUUGAAAACUUGCAGAUUUUAAUACCGGAAUGUUUUCAGGAAAGACAUUUCCACCCCUUUGCAUUGAUCUACAAUGUUACUUUAGUUAAAACACUUAGUUUCUGGCUACAGCUUUUAUCUGCAGAGGGCAUCUACACAUUCCAUUUCUCUAACCACAAGACAGGCUUUUUGAUCAAGUCUCUGGGGUGUUUUAUUAUUAGCUUACAUUUCUUAUUCUUCCCAUCCCACAAAGUCCGUUCCUAAAAUUAAAAUAUUUCACUGGAACUUCUCUUCUCACAGGAUGGACAGUGUGGGUGCUGUGGAUAAUCAGAGUGAAGAUGAGCUCUUUGAUUUUGACAUGGAGACAGACCCACCCAACUGGCAGCAGCUUGUGAGCCGUGAGGUGCUGCUUGGCCUGAAACCCUCUGAGAUUAAACGGCAGGAAGUGAUUAAUGGUAAUUUUUUAUUUUGCAUUGAUCAGAUUUACUUUAGAUUGUCCAACCCUCCACAUGCCAGUACCACCUCUGUCUUCAUCAGAUUGCUCUGAGUAGGAAUUGAUCUUUUUCACAAACUUCAGCUUUAGAAAUCCAGGUACACAGAUGUUGAAGGACGGAUGGAGGCUAUCCUGGUUCAGCUUCUAAGGUCAGGAUCUAGCCGAGAUAGAUUGAAAGGUGGUGGAACAGCUCAAAGGGCAGCCUGAAGGCUUUUCAGACUUCUACAAAAGGCAGUCUAAUAUUUUUGAAAGGCAUGAUCUGAACAUAAAUCCAGAGCUUUCUGGAAUAUUUCUUAAUCUCAGUGCAUGCAAAUCUAUAGACUUUUUAUCCAGAAGGAGCUAAUACACUACUUGGGACCAAAUGCAAUCAUUAACACAUCUUCUUUUUUGCAUAUUCAGUUUUACCUCUUGGGAGCCCUCAAAAACAAGCAGAGUUUCCCCAUAGAUUUAAGCUGCUGACUAUGCAAGAUGAUCUGUUCUCUGAAAUUGCCUAAAUCUGAUUCUCCAGCUCCAGAUUUUAAACUGUUUAAUUUCUUCCCAUCCUUUUCGGUUUUUCCAUGCAACCAUUUCACCUCUCUUGUCUCUUUAUUUCUAGAGUUAUUUUACACUGAGCGUGCUCAUGUCCGAACACUGAAGGUUCUUGAUCAGGUCUUCUAUCAGCGUGUGUCCCGUGAAGGGAUCUUGCCUCACUCUGACUUGCGGAAAAUAUUUUCAAAUGUGGAAGAUAUCCUCCAGCUCCAUGGUGAGUGAGGGCAUCUAACUGCUUUCAACCCUGCUUUAAAACAGUAGUGGCAAUAUGCACAGGUUCCUAAUGUGGUUGUGUUGAAGUAAGAGCAACCCUGAGGUAACAGACGACUGUGUGCAACUUACCCAACAGGGAGACCUUACAGAACAGUAAUUGGAUAUGCAAUAUUUACAAAAUACUGUUCUUGGGUUUCCAAUGAUCUAUAAUAUCUGAAUCCUUUCUUUCUUGAUACGAAGCUCCAUAAGUUUCUGGUGUGCAUUUGGCUUUCUCACACAAGCAAGGACUUUUGACUCACCUCACAUGGAAGGGGCAGCACAGUGAGGGUUAACUCUGAACUGAUUGGCCAAUGUUUGCCUAAACAUGGAAGAUCUUUAUUGCUCUCAAGCACAUCAGGCGUCAUUGGAUUGGAGCAAUUGCAUGAAUAGUUUGAAAUUGGUUGGUAAUUUCCUCUUUCUUCUUUUUCUUGGUUAUUUAGCUGGAUUGAACGAGCAGAUGAAAGCAGUGAGGAAAAGGAACGAAACGUCAGUUAUUGAUCAAAUUGGAGAGGACUUGUUAACUUGGGUAAACUGAAUUCUGUUUGUUCCCCGCCCCCCCUUUCCUUCUGAAAACUGAAAUGUUUUGAGAAACCAAAGAUUGAAGUAGCAAAUAGAGCCACAGGUCAACAUUGGCAAUUUGUCUAGUCUGAGAACCCAUUAUCAGGAAUUCUUCAUUUCUAAAAGAAUAGCAUUGAUCUGGGGGAGUCAAGUUGUGCAAGAUGAAGGGAGUUCAGUAUGGUGUACGUGUUUCAUUUCUCUUACAGUGUAUCCAUCUAUCUGAGCACUUCUUUUAUUCAAUUAACAAUAAAUGAAUGAGUCAUUUAGCUUAAAGGUGACCUACAAAACGGGGGAGGACUUGUUUAUCUCUCUAAAAGUUGUCUGUGAAGUUCAGAUAGCAUAAAACUUGGAUGUGAUACUGGAAAUGAACCACUGUAGAAAUGUUCAAGUUAUAAAUUACUUCAUCAGUUUUGUGGAUUAACCCCCCUUUUAUUCCAAGAAGAAUCAAGCUCUUAUAUGGCUUAUUAAAACUAUUGUCAGACUACAUUCCUGAGACAAGACUUUUAUCAUUGAAAUCCUAGGUAGACAUGUACUAGUAAUGGCAUUCAGCAAGCUAUAGUUACCCUAACCCCACCAUGAUAACCACCCAAAAAUAAGUGGCACCCAUAUCUACUUGGCAUUAAUUUACUUUCUAUAUCACUAUUUAUUGAGUUUUACAUGGGCCAUUCUUCACAGGAAUCCAAAACUUAAACCAUAACAUGAAUUCCUUCCAAUUUUUUAUUUGAAAAGUCGGGCCAAUGGUGAGAACUGGGAAUAGGGGCCAUAGGAGGCUGUUCUUCUGAGGUACUACUCAGCUCUAUUUUGGAUACAUUUUUGACAACAUCUCCUUUGUUAACAGAAUAACAGGGCAUGCUAGUCUUUAUGUUAUUAUAUGACCUUUCUUGCUUUGUGCUUUGCUACAUUUGGUUCCCUUGGUUUCUUGUCUCAGUUCAGUGGAGCAGGGGAGGAGAAAAUGAAACAAGCCACUGGCACUUUCUGUAGCAACCAGCCCUUUGCUCUGGAGGUGAUCAAGUCACGGCAGAAAAAGGACUCUCGCUUCCAGACUUUUGUCCAGGUAAUUUUGUUUGGUAUAAAUCUAGCUUAUACCUGCUAGAGGACCGGUACACGUUGUAGAUUAGGAAAAACCAAUGUGGAUUUUUAAUUUUUUUUUUUUUUUACUACCAUCUUUGGUAGAAGAAUCUUAAUCCUAAAUGCUGCGUGGAAUACACCAAUCUCCCAUUUCAGACCAAAUGGGAGUUGGUCUAUAUAGUACAGUGAACUAGAAGAUAUCCAAGACAUUCCUUUGGUGAGCUCAGCAAGUCAGAGGCUGUGUUUAGGGAAGCUUUUAAUGUUUAAUAGGUUAUUGUAUUUUAGUGUUUUGUUGGAAGCCACCCAGAGUGGCUGGGGGGACCCAGCCAGAUGGGCGGGGUAUAAAUAAUAAAUUACUAUUAUUAUUAUUACCCAGCUUGCACUGCUCCACGUCAAGUGCAUGAGAUGGCAUGACCCCUUUAGAUGGACUUGAAGACUGUCCACACAUCUAGUCUGCAGGCAGUUAACUUCUCAGUUCCCAAAGUAGGACUUCACAAGAAGCUCUUAGAAGUGUGAAAUGUUAGUUAUCUUAAACUAGAGUAAGCGCAGCACUCCUUGUUGAGCAAUGAGGGGAGAUGUGGUGGGGUUUAUGCCAUCCAUUACUGAGGAAAAGCCUUUUCACAUUGGUUGGAAUGUCUGGCAAUUUGGAAGCAGUGGGAGUUCUGAAAAACGUGUUGUGCAUUUUCUCCAUGGCACUAAAGACUUAAGAUGGCUCCUCUUUAAGUUGGUGACUGAGAUUGAUUGCCGAUGAUAUCAGGUCCAUAUGAAGUAAUGAGGGAAGGAAGCCACCACCAGUUUUUGUGAUGAGCCUUUCCUCUAUAUAAUUGCCCAGUACAACAGGGCUGUGUUGUCUGUCUGAUAAAUCUUAGCGUUCCUUGACUUGUAUUUAAUUGCCAAAAAUGUGAGCCAGCAAGACAUUUAUAUGAUGAAUAGACAGUACACAUUCAGGUAAUUAUGGCCUUAAUAAAAAUGACAAAUGCUGUUAUUAUGCUGUUUAAAUUUAGGAUGCUGAGAGCAAUCCACUCUGUCGCCGACUGCAGCUGAAAGAUAUAAUUCCCACUGAGAUGCAGAGGCUGACCAAAUAUCCCCUUCUGCUGGAUAACAUUGCAAAGUACACAGGUACCAUAUAGCUCUUUCAAUUAGUGAGUGGUUGGGACUUCAGCAGUUGCAAAAGAACAAUUUGGGUUUCAAAAGGAACCUGACAACCACGACUCACUCUAUUCAGUACCGUCAGUCCCUGCCCCUAACGUAUUGCCAUGUUUCCUCUUUCAUGUGUCAAAUGUCUUUCUCUGAAUUGGGGAGGUAAACUACUUUCCCUUGGUCAAUAAAAAUGCAAUGCAAAAAUUAUUAAAUUCUGCUGAAAUAAUUGUAAAGCAUCCCUGUGAGUUUACUCGGGAUGGAAUAACUAUGAGUGCUUUGUUUUGUCAUUGCUGUUGCUGCCUUUCUAUAUUCUUAAUUGCUGUAGCAUGCAUGCAACAGAACCUUGCUAAAUUUUGGUUAAAAGUGCAUCUGUGUAAUACUAUGUAAUACUUUUAUGGGGGCUCAUCAACCUGUAAAGGUAGCCCAUCUUAGGAAAAGGAAAACUGAUCCUAAACCUCUGCUACAUUGCAGCUAUACUCAUUCAUGAGAGAGGCUUCAGAACUUAACAUUUGACUUCACCCCUAGAGACGCACUCCUUUUCUCAUGUCAAUAACAGAUGAUGUGUGUUGUUCACAGCUUGUCCUAAUAGCAGGGUUGAGAUUCUUGAGAGUGAGCUAUACAGUAUACAGCUCUCACUUGACGCCAACAAUGUACAUGACGUGUGCUAAUGAUAUGUUAGGAAAUACAGCAGUGACUUUUUGUCACACUUCUAGAUCUUUUAAGUUGUAACAUGAGAAGGAGGCAUAGUAAUCAGAGAAUAUUAUAUACACACUCAGCAUAAUGCUCUCUUUUUUGUAUUGCUAAUUGAGUCAAGUAGAAUGUGACAGCUUCUACAUAUACGUUUGUGUGCUAUUCUCUGGAGACAACUGUCUUGAUCCCUGUUUCAUUUCUAGAACAACCUGGGGAGAAAGAGAAAGUGAAGAAAGCAGCAGAUCACUGUCGGCAGAUCCUCAAUUAUGUGAACCAAGCUGUCAAAGAAGCAGAAAAUAAGCAGGUGAGAGGAAGGGGGAGGUCCAUGGGUCUGGGUCUGGAGAAGAUAAGACGGAGGGGUGCUGCCGUGGUGUGUAAUAUCCAUAGCAAGAGGAUGGAGACAACAUAUAUGCAACUGUCCUCCUAAAGGGAUCCCAAUUUGAUAUCAAGUGCUGUUGCCUGGAUGCAGCCAUUAAGUCACGCCAAUGUAAUUGGCUUAAUUUUCUCUUUCAUGUAUAGCAUUUGGAAGACUACCAGCGCCGUCUUGAUUUGUCCUACUUGAAGCAGUUGGAGGGCCCUAUGCUGGAUGAAUUCAGGGUGAGUGGAAACAUUGUGAGACGAGCCCUGUCAAUUUCAUCAGCUUUUAAUAUAUUCUUAGAUCCUUUUGCCACCAGCUCCACCUCCAAUGUCACCACAUACAAUAUUUGUAGCCUAUGGAAUGUACUGGUGGUGGUUCUUGCAUCUUGCAUGAAGCUGCAUAUUCCCUGGAGUUAUUACUUACUAUUGUUUUUCUCCUGUAAAGUCUUUAGACUUUCAGCUUCUUGCUGCUCCUCAUUUUGUAAGCUCUAUUAGACUUCUAUAUUUUAUUUUAUUUUAUUUAUUUAUUAUUAAAUUUCUAAGCCACCUUUCUUUCCAAAGGAGCAUAGAGUUUUUGUGUUAGCUGACAAUAAUUGGUUUUUGACAUUUAUUACCUGCCCAAUAUGGAAUCUCUUAGUGAAGAGUAGGGAAGGGGAUGAUUUAAUAUCAGUCAAUGCUACAAGGCCCACCAGUAGUUUGCAAGUUAAAACACAAAGAUCUGUUUGCUAUGCAUUGUAUUGACAAAAAUGAAGGCAUGAAGUUUCAUCUGAUCAAGUGCCUUUUUCUAACCCAUAAAAGACCAGCAGCACUUUAAUGAGUUAAGUAACUUUUAAGCCAGUCAGCUGACUUGCACUGUGGGAUAUACAUGUGCAGGCAUGCACAUGCACCAAGCCUGCCGUUAUAAAAAUUCCUAUAAGUAUUCUCCAGGAAUAUGUUUCUUUAACUGUGCAUUUCUAAGAAUCUCGGAAUUACUUAGGUUCAUGCAUGUCAUGAAAUUCAGAGUCUAUCAUUCAGUAGCUUGUAAUACCAUGAAGUUUAAAAUUCUACCAGAAAAGUACUACAAACUGUAAACUGAUAUAAAAAAUUCAAGGUGAUCAUGAAAUGUUAAGUUUGUGAUGGCAGUGCUUGAAAGGUCAGAAAGGAAGGGCUCAUAAAAAUUCUAUUUUACAUGCAUAACGUCUCAGUAUUGGAAACUUUCAGGUGCGUUACAGGCAUUGAGAACUUACAUGACCUUGCAAGUACCUAUAUAUUUGUAACCCCUGUUGGUUCAUUUUCGUGCUUUUGAUUUAUAGUCUGUCAUAUUCAUAGGACCAAGGGUGGGCUAUGGAAGUUUGGUGAAUCAGCAGUUUAAUUUGCAGAUUUGUGAUAUGAGGAAAGAUGAUAGGGCCCCCAAAUAGAUGGUUCUACUGACUGUCCUUUGUUAUGAAAAUGACUAGAGCAGAGCCUUGGGUUCAUUGUCCUUCCCUCCCCUGUUUGGGCAUAAAGGGAGAAGAUUAGAAACUUAUACUUCUAGUUUAUGGCAAACCAUAGUUUGCUGCAUAUACUGCUAGUUUAUGGCAAACCAUAGUUUGCUGCAUAUACUGCUAGUUUAUGACAAACCAUAGUUUGCUGCAUGUGGCCAAAAGAACAAAUUAUGGUUUUCCAUAAGCUAGAAGCAAAAGCUCCCUUCUUGUAAUGUAGUGGAAGGAGGAAAUGUGGAAGCCCAGUGGUUACAACUGCUUCUGUAACUGAAAGUCAUGGUUUGUCAUUUUUGGUGAAUGGAGCCUUUGUACAGACUAAGGAAACCUUUCCACUCCAGUCGUUACACUAGAAUUUGAUAGGUAGGCAUAGGAAUUCUAAACGUUAACUGUCUGAUAUCAAAAUAUUCAAGAAGUCCUGCAUCUGGCAAAGUGAACUCUAGCUCAUGAAGGCUCUUGUUACAAUUUAUCUGAAUAGUCUUUGAGGUGCCCCAGGGUUUUGAGUUGCUUGGGACUAUACUUAAGGUGAAAUUGGCCCCUCCAGCCUUUUAAUUGGGUACUGCUUUUCAUUUUCACGCUAUUAAUGUUCAACUGUCAUAGAAAGAUUUCCACUAUGGAGUCCUCCAGUCAGUAUUGGUGAACCUCCUGUGAAUGGUGCUUUUUUGCUCUGUAUUAUGUUGACAGAAUUUGGAUUUAACCAAGAAGAAGAUGAUCCAUGAAGGGCCUCUGACGUGGAAGGUGAAUCGGGACAAGACAAUUGGUAAUCCUGUAUAUCAUGUUGACAGGCUUUUUGUGAGAUUUUUAAGUAGAAGGGGAAAAUCAGGAGGUGCACCUGCACAAGUUAGCUACUAACAAUAAUGUAUGUAGGGUUCUUUGAAGCUGAUUAAGCUAUUUCUGGGCAUUUUGGAAUGGGUUGGAGGAUCAUUAAGAUUAUGCAAGGACACAGCAGUGAUAUGCAAGAUGAUUCAAUCCCCUUUGUAAUUCCAAGGUGAAUUAUUUGCAUGCCUUGCUGAGAAAGCACACUGCUGAUUAUUGUCUCUGCGUGGGUUUGCCGUCUAUGUGCCACAGAGAGUGAUCAGUAACCCAUUCCUGACUGCCCUUAUAACCCACUGCAGAUCUCUACACGCUGCUGUUGGAGGAUAUUCUGGUGCUUUUACAGAAGCAAGAUGAUAGACUGGUGCUGAGGUGUCACAGCAAGAUCCUGGCUUCUGCUGCAGAGUGCAAGCAUAUAUUCAGCCCUGUCAUCAAACUGAAUACGGUGCUGGUUCGCCAGGUGGCCACAGGUUAGUGCAGCUCCGAGGGCCAGAUGGUGGCAGAAGAAAGAUGGUUUCAGGAAGAUAGCCAUUGCUCAGGUGGAAAAAAUGAGUCUACACUGAACUAGAGCUGCAGAUCUGAUUACAGUCUUCUUAUGCAUCCUUGUAACUGGAUCAAGCCUGAACGGCACAGGGAAAUUGUAUGAGAACGUUUCCCCCCUCUCCAUGUUCCCCACAAUCAGUGCCUUGAAGCAAGGUUGUGUCUGUUCGGAUGAGCCUAAUGUUAUCUCAUUCUGCUUUUGAAACUUUGCCAAAGUAUGCCUGCCUAAGCUUGGAACAGCUUUGCUGUUAGCUACAUCUACUGUGUUGUAUCAUUUAGGUAGCUCCGACAUUUACUUCCCAAAGCACUCCUUUAGUUUUCUGUCCUCACAGUAAUGAUGUGAGUAGGUCACUGGUAUUCCCUGUUUAUUAUUUUCCAAGGCCACAUAAUGAAUCCAUGGUAAAUAUCAGACUUGAAGCUCAUUCUUCCAGGUGCAAGCCCAACUUUCUGUCCAGUUUACCAUACUUUCUAGAAACUUGACACCCCUGGGUCCUAGAUUUGCUUGUUAAUUGCAUUAAUUUACGAUGCAUGACUGCAACUUAUAUGUGCUUAUUGUUGUUCAUCAGUUGGUUUAGAGUGUGUCUGCUUUGUUCAUACCGGGAGGAACAGUCUCUGUUCAAAUGUAUUGUUUCAGACAGUAUGGCCAGACAAUACUAUGGUCUUAUUGUUUUUGUUGGAAAUAACAUAGCUGGAUUAAACACCAGUGUGCACUCAGUGUAUAACCACCCUGCAGAUUUGAACAGAGCAGACACUCCAGUAAUAUUUCUUCUUGGGAAUUCAAGAAGUCAAUAUAGGGAGCAGUAACAUUGCUUUGCCAUCAAUUUUUGAGCACUAGAAAUGAAAUCCCAUCCUGUAUUCAUGCAGUUCUUUGUGUGAGUUCUCCUCCCCAGCCCUAGCUACAGUACAUGCCUCCUGAUUUCUACGUAAAACAAAACAAGACAAGAUGCCAUCAGAUUUAACUUGUUCUGUAUUUCCCCCCAGAUAACAAAGCCUUCUUUGUCAUCUCCAUGUCAGAGAAUGGAGCCCAGAUAUAUGAAUUGGUGGCACAGACGGUUUCUGAAAAGACUGUGUAAGUGAGCUUGGCAGUCAUCGCCAAUGCAGUGUGCUUAUCAUUUUCUAAGGAGGGAGAUAAAUCUUGUGUUCCAGAUCUAUGAAGCAGCUUCCCACUCAAAGUAGUAUAGUUGUUUUUAGAAUUCCUGAUUUCCCCCUCUUUACAGCCUCUGGGUAAAUGCUCUAAACACCUCUCCAGCUAGGAAGAAUGGGGCAUAUACUUAGAGGGAUUCAACUGGUCUACAGCAUUGGAGCCUACAUAGCUUACCCAUCUGUAGAGCUGGCCUUGGUUGUAAGCUUAAGUCAGCAACACCUCCAAACCUAGAUGGUUGAAUACCUUGUAUCUGGUUACAUUUAGUAAUGAUUCAAAUAGAGAGAUAUGAUGCUUGCUUUCAGUGAGAUAUAAUGUUGGACAACCUGUUUCUUUUUUCCUAAAAUAAAUGAGCUAGUAUAAAUGCCAUCUUCUUGCUUUGUGGUCUUCUAGGACUUCUGUCUCAAUUGACUCAAAAGCAGGGUGCAGGGUACAAUCUUCAAGCUAGAAGUCUUGAUGAAACUGCCCGAUUUGCUGUUUCUGCUGCAUUUUGUGCCCUGCAGUAAAUUAUGCAAGGUUAAAAGGAACAGCUUUUUUUCUGGGCAAAAGUGGUCUAGGCUGCUUAUAGAAAUUUUGAAGUCUUGGCAUGUCCCCACCUUUUCUUUAAAACUGCUACAGCUAAGAGAGAGAAGGGAGACUCUUAGAAAAUUUGUCAGUUUCAGGGAGUUGGCAGUGAUCCAAACCUCUUGCUGUUUGUUUUAAUAGUCCUCAAGUCUUGUAUAGCAGAAAAUUGUCAUUUCCUCUUUCUGCUUGGUGUUUUAAUUAAGAGUUUGUUUAGAAGUUCAGGGAUUCCAGAAGUGACUAUGCCAUACUGAUUUAAAUACAUACAUACAUGCAUACUAUCUUAAGACAGGGGGAAAUUGAGGGCAUCUCAUAAAUUUUGCUCCUCGUCUUUGGUAAUUCCCUGGUCGUUGUUUGCUUUGUUGUUGUUUCAUUGUUUCAGUGAAUUAUAUACUGUCUGCUUAUUUUACUGUAAUCUUCUCAGAAGAAUCCAUUAUAUUACAGUACAAUUUUACAAGAUCAUAUUUAUAUGCAUUUAAAAAGCCUAACUCUGUUAUUAUCAAAUAUAUUUCCUGAAGCAAAUUUAAGUAGCUGAAAUCACCACCAUGUGUUGAAUGCUAUGUCAAUUAUGUUCCAUCCGCCUAACAGUACCAUACAAUGCAGCCUAUAAUGUGGUUGGGGUGGGUGAGUGGGAGGUUGCUGCCAGUUUCUCUAAUUGAAUACUUUCUCAUACUUUCUGUUUCUGAACUCACCUCUAUGUAGCCUGAGAGAUGAUAGCUCGGCUGUUAUUUACAAGGCUCCUUUCUCCUGACUCAAAUCCUGUUUUCACAGAGGACUGCUCUUUCAGCCACUAAUUAACACCUUUGAAGCAAAUCCCAAAGGUGGAGGGGGAACUAACAUUGCAGAACAGUUAUGUCAACAGGCCACAGCUUUGCUUUCAGAAUUUUCUUUCCCAUGUUACUUGUUUUAUUAUUAUUUCUUUGAUUUUUAUCUUGCCCUUCCUCCUGGGCAAGCCCAGGGCAGCAGAAGCAGCAAUGGCAAAACAUUACAAAAAACAAAACCCUACUACUAAACACAAUUUAAAAACAUUUGUAAAAACAUUCUUAACCAGUGAUCUCAUGGGUGCCAAGAACAGUGUGUUUCAGCUGCCAAAUGUUUGGGCAAAGAGGAAUAUUUUAAAUUUUCUCCUGAAAGUCAGUAAUGAAGGAAACAGACACAUCUCACUAGGGAGGGCAUUCUACAAGUGGGGAACUGCUGCUAAUAAGUUCCUCUCAGGGGUCACUGCCAACUGAGUAACCCACCAACAAAGCCUCGCAUGCUGAUCAUUGGGUCCAAAAUGAUGGUUAGUACUUUCCCCAGUAUUUUAGGUAUUUUGCAGUGUUCAAAACUCCCAUUGUUCUAGGCAUGUUUUGCGACAGGGAAUUUCAUUAAUGUGAGUAGUUUCUGUGCUCUGGGUGCAGUACUGCACCUAAGAUUUCAGAUUAAAACUGCCACUGCUGGAAGAAAAGGAGGACCUUUUUCAGUCUCCUGACUUCCAGCCACUCUCUGAAGACUGGAGAAGGGACCAUCACAAGAAUAUUAAGGGGGCGGGCAGGAGAAGUAUGGCUUUUUUAAUUUAUUUAUUUUUGCAGUCUUCAGAUGAGGACUAGACCAUGUGAAAAAUGAACAUAAGAUUUUAGCUGCAGCUCAUUCAUUUUCAGCUUUGUAUUCUUGUUAUAAAAAAGUGUGCCUAGACACUCUGUUGCAGUGGCCAUAAUCUAAGUUUAAGGUGCCAUUUAGCUCCCAGCUUUCAUAUCUCAGUUUCUAACAUUGGUACUUUGGUCCCCAGCCAUUUAGGGAUUUAUAUGCUAGGAAUAACAUAUUGAAUUUGGCCCAGUAGCUCACUUGCAGCCAGUGCAGAACUCAUCCAUCAGGCUACCCACUUACCAGCCUAGUAGCUGCAUUCUAAACUUGCUGCUCCCACUGGAUUGUCUUCAAGGGCAGCACCACACAUAGCUGUUUACUGUAGUCCAAGUGGGAAGGCACCAGAGAAUGGACAACGGAGGGCAAGUUAUCCAGAUCUAGGGAAAGCUGCAGCUGGCAAAUACGUCUAAGCUUUCCUAGCCACAGAAUGCACUUGAGUGACAAAUUAAAAGUUGGAAUCCAGGGCUACUGCCAGGCUAUGAAGCUCUUCCUUCAGGGGAAGUGCAUCUUCUCUCAGGACAGGUUGUACACCUAAUUCCCAGACACAGGAACCACCCACCUACAUCACAUCCAUCUUACCAGAAUUCAGCCUCAGUUUAUAAGCCUCCACCCAGCCAUUCACUACCUUCAGACCCUGGUCCAACACCUGCACAGCCUCUCCUGAUUCAGAUGGGAUGGAAGAGAUAGAGCUGUGUGUCAUCAGCAUACCAAUCGCAUUGUGCUUCAAAUCCCCAGAUGACAACUUUCAGUGGUUUCAUAUAGAUGCUAAAUAGCAUAGAACACAGAAUGGAACCAUGUGGAUUCCCACAGCCCAAAAGCCAUGAAGCCAAGCAACAAUCUCCUAGUACCACUUUCUUGUAGUGACCCUGCAUAAAGGAGUGGUAGAACCACUAUAAUGAAGUACCUCCAACUCCUGCCUCCCUGAGUCAUUCCAGACGAAUACAACGAGCAGCGGCAUCAAAAACUGUCAAGCUGCCAAGGAGACCAGCAGGGUUGCACUCCCCCGUCUCUCCUGAUAGAGGUCAUACAGGUUAUGCCAGAGAUUAAAAUUAUUCAUGCAAGAGGCCCAAAUGGGCCUUUUGUGUUGCAUGUCUUGGGAUGUGCCUUGAAUUUCUUUCCCUAAUUGAUAAUGUUUCUUCCCACUCAAUAGUUAAUCCUGAAUGGCAUAUUUAGCGGUUGCUCUUGCACACUAGACAUAUUUGGUGACUGUAACAGAGGAUUUAGAGUUUAAAAGGCAUCUUCUGCAGCAUCUUCCUGUGCACACUGCAAAUGUUUUGAAAAGGCAUGAGGAGCAUUAAUUAUAAAUUUGAAAAGUUUUCUGCAGAAAGAGAAAUCUGCAAGUCUGUCUUUCCUACAGGCAAUGUGCAAUUAAAAUGACUUCUGUGUACCUAAAGAUCUCAGCAGCCUGACACGUUUUGUCUGUGUGUUUUUGUUCACCUACUUGGAAUCUCAAAUGGGCUAUUAAGUUCUAAGUGCAGGAGUUAGAGCUGUAUGUUUGGGGAUAGUUUCUGCAGUGAUUCUCUGCAUAUUUAAUAGGUUGCAAUGUUUUCUGGUGUUCAGCAUAAACUCUUUAUUCAUCAGUUGCCAAAUAAUCUGACUAGUUUUUCUUAGUAAAAUGUUACAUUGCUGGAAGUAGUUUGCAUUUUCCAAGCAGACUGCACAUUGUGGAGCUUUUCUUUAGCUAGCGUGGAAGCAGUGGUUGUUAGUUUCUUAGCAGAUUAUUUUUUUAAAAAAAUGUAAAUGGGAUGCUGAAGGUGGGACAGAACAACUUAUUUCUCCUUUGCCAGGGGUUGCCUUUCCUGACUUCUCUUAACCUCUUUCUUUCUUUCUUUCUUUCUUUCUUUCUUUCUUUUUCUUUCUCCCAUUGCUGCAUUUGUACAUUUCUUAGGGCUUUGGUGUUUGGUUUUUGGGUAUCCACUGAUAGAUGUGGCAGGAUCAGUUAGUUUUUAUGCAUUUUUUGUCAUUGCACAUACCUUAAACAUUUAGGGAAACCAGAAUAGCUACAUGCUGUGCUUUGUCACCAAUUUCCUCCUUUUCAGUGCUUUGCUGCUGGGAUUUCUCACAUCAGCUUCCCUCCCUGCUCUGGGUCCCUUCAGCCCUCAUCCAGUAGCCACUUUUUUCUUUUUGACGACUGAGUACAUGUACAGCAAAGCACCAUGUGCUUCAGCAAUAAAGAAUUUCCUUUUGUGGGUUUGUGUGAUUGUGAUGGAGACCUUGUGCAAUCUUAGCUACCUGGCCAUUGCAGAGACAAGGCUUCUUGUUUUUAAGCUGUUUUUCCCUCUCUCCAUACUGAACAGUCAUUUAUUGCUUCUGCUCACACAGCGACCCUAAGAGAAGGAAAUAAAUGUAUGCAAGGAACUGGCAAAGGUAAAUUUAAGCCGACGGGGGCAAACUGAAAUGAUAGGUUGAAAGAGUUGUGAGCAGCACUGAAACCUCUUGUCCCUGUGUAUUAGAAAGAUGUGAGGAAGAGCUGCAGGAAGAAUCAGUUAGCAGUUUUGCUAAAACUCGGCACACUUCUUUUUCUUGGGCAUCAUGUUUUACACUAGUUCUUUUUUUACUUAUCUACAGGUGGCAGGACCUCAUAGCACGGAUGGCAGGAACAGUGAAAGUUGGACGAGGUAGAAGCGUAAUUCCAUUUCCGCCGUCUGGGCCAUGCGAGUAAGUUGUGUGUUUGCUUGUGUACAUACACACAGGCACACACACUCUGGUUUUAGUAUUGCUUUUCAAACUCCAUACAUUAUAACUGGGUAGGCUCUAGAAGAAAGAAAGAAAGAAAGAAAGAAAGAAAGAAAGAAAGAAGUUGUGGGUGGUGAUACCACUUUUUAUGUGGUUGAUUUGUUUUCUCUCUUUGGUUUGCAGGGAAGAUCAUGAGGAGGAAGACCAGCAGAAAUUAAAGGAAGAACAAGCUACUCCUGAUAGCAGCAUGCAGAGUCCAGGUAAAAGUUACAUGCUUGGUACUGGGUCCCACCACUGUGGCGUGCGUUACCUUUAUACCUUUAAUGGUUUAUGGCAAAUCCAAGGUUUUCUUUAUUGUGAAUUGUGUUUCAAGUGUUAGAUGUGCACAUGGCACCAAAGUCACUUUUGAGCCAUGGUCCAUUUAUUCCUUCCAGGUUUGUGUCUCUUAAUAGCCCAAUGUACUGUAUCUAUUUAUACUUUACUGUCUUCUGUCCCCAUCUCCAGGACUAGAAGCAUGCAUGCAUUUAGCAUGUUUAAUAGCAAUGUUUGUAUUUUGUUAUAGCCUUCCUAAAGCUAUAGGCUAAGAGAGAUAGAAAUUUAAAUAAGGUAUUUUAAGCAGUUUUGAGUUUGCAUUGAUUUUGGUGGUUUGUUUGUUAGAUAAAGAUAUGGGACUGGAGUCUCCUCUGAUGGCGAAGGUUCAGUCUCCUUCAGCAGCAAUGUCUGAGAAGCUGGAAGAGGAGGAGCUCCUGGAGGCAGACAGGCAGUUUGGAGAAAAACCAGCAGCAGAGUUGCUGAUCAAAGAGUCCUCUGAGCACUACAGCCACACAAGUCCAGAGCACUUGUUCCAAAGUUCAGAAGAGCGAUGGGCAUUGGAUGCACUAAGAAAUUGUAAGUAGCUGAGGAUCUGUGGGGCCCAAGAGUAAGUGAAUGGUGGAUUUGAUGGUACUCAACUGCUGUCCAUUGCCUCUUGAGCUAAAUGAGCAUCAUCUACCCUUUUUGGGAGAGAGAGAGCCAAAUAUGACAGAAAAGAGCUAGGUGCUGGCUGAUUAUGUGUUUUGGUAAAAUACCUUUUAAAAUGAAAUGGCUCUUUGGUACCAUCAUUAGGUUGGUGAAUUGGUGGUAUAAUAUAAUAUAAUAUAAUAUAAUAUAAUAUAAUAUAAUAAUAACAAAUAUUAUUAUAUUAUAUUAUAUUAUAUUAUAUUAUAUUAUAUUAUAUUAUAUUAUUACAGUUUGUCUUACAACAUGUCUAAAAACAUAAUGAAAACAUCAAGCGUUAAAAACCUGAUACUGGGCUGCCUUCAGAUCUCUUCUAAAAGUUGUGUAAUUCUUUAUCUCCUUGACAUCUGAAGGGAGGGCAUUCCACAGGGAGCGUGCUCCCUGUUAAAAAAACUUUGUAUGUUUUAAAAGCACCAGGUAAUUUUCUCCACUUCCUAGAUUGCCAGUUGGUCAAGAUAUACACACAGAGGGAUAAAUGAUGGGUUGAUAAAGCCUUAUGUCUUUGAGAGGUGUCAGGAAGGUGAGGCUCAACCACCAAAAUGUGCUUUCUGAUAAAACCAGGCCUAGAGCAUGAGAACAAAUGAAAGGCAAGGGAUAUGGCUGCUGUGCUCCAGGUGUCUCAGAAAAGUACCACUCUACCUAGGCUGGGAAAUGGGAUGAGAUUUGUGGAGGAGCUGGCAGCUGUUGCCUUGACAUAGAGAUGCACAUGGCUGCAUUCAGAUAACAUGCCAGUCUUUAGAUUAUUGUCUCCUGACAUGUCUUAUAUCUUUCACCUUCUCUAAAAAGAGAAAAGGAGCUGGCUGCUGAGUUCGUGCCUUCUCAAGAGCACCAGUCUUUAACGUAUCAUUUAUGUGCAAAGGUUAAUUUCAGUCGCAGGAGAUGACCUGCAAGAUCUGUGAUGAUUUUAUGUUCCUUUUCAGUGGGCUUAUUGAAGAAAUUGUUAAUGGAGCAGCUGGGCAUGUCUGAAAAGGAGUCUCCCGAAGGCUGGCAGCGUUUUGCCAGGCAUAGGACAGUUUGUCAGAGGACCCAAGUGGAGAGUUGUGUCCAGAGAGGACUACAGUACUCGGACAAUGACAAGACAUCCCUUUCUGGGGCCAGUAGGACACCCUCUGGCAUGGGAACAAAUAAUUUUGGACCUUGUUGCAGUCAUCGGACUUCAAGUGAAUUCAUGCAACCAGGGGACACUGUGUCAAACAGCAGUCAGUUAAUGGACCCUUUGAGCACAAACCCAGAUACCCCAACCACCGAGCCUGAAGUGAUAGGUUCUGAGGAUGGUGGAGAGCACUUUUUUGAUGCUCGUGAAGCCCACAGCGAUGAGAACCAAUCAGAGGGUGAAGUGGCGGAAAGGAAGGAGGAAGAAGAGGUGCAGUUGCGGAUCUCAGGUGAAUAAAUCCCGCAGAUGUGUAAGGCUGAAAUGAAAUAUUGCUAUAAUUUGGGCAGAGCUCUUAAGACGUCAGUUCUGAUGGCACAUAUCAUUGUGAAGGAAGAUGUGUGCAUCCACUGUAUCUCACUGGUUGUGAGAAUGCAUAUAACCUUAACCUAAAAGCCCUGUGGGAAGAUACCUCCCAGUACAUCAAUUCUUUUUUGGGGGGUGGCAGGGGGCCCACAUCAUCAACCAUUCAAGGAAUGGAAGAAAUUUGUAAGGUGGCAAGUGUGUGAGCACCUCUACCUACCUUCACAAAACUUAAAAUGAUGUGUUCUUGGCUGCAAAUACUGACUUUGGCAGAAGAAUUCUGCAGAGGGUUCAUAUUCACAAAUCCAGGUUCGUGUCAGGAGCCACAGGAGAGAUGGGGUAACUUUCUUACUAUGAAUUCCUGUUUCACCACAGUUUAACCCAAAGCACCUGAGAUUAGGGAGAAGAACCUCCAGAGAGGUUUGAGUCCAGUCACGUACUGAAUGCAUCUUGACAUUUUUUGCUAAGGUUACACCAAUUUCUUACUUGCAUGGCAUGCACAGGUGUUAGGGGCAGGCACAUACAGUAUUGUUUCUGCCAUCUUAGAUGAGCUGCUCUUAUCUGGAAGCGUUAGUGUUAAGAUGUUGUCUUCACAGGAAAUUAUUUGAUCCUUGACGGAUAUGGCACAGUACAGGAGAGCUCCACAGAUGAGGAGGUAACUUCGCUGGUUCUACAGUGCACUGCAGGCAACAGCACAAUGGACUCUGCCCACCAACCACCACCAUCUCUGCAAGACACCCGGACAGACGGAGGAAGUUUGGCAUUUGCAGAGGAAUUAAUGGCCUCCCACUGGGAAGCUGCUAAGGAAUCCUGCUCAGGUGUACUAAGGCCUCCCUUCUCUGUGGAGUCUUGUGCCCUGAUAAUGCAUUACAUCCAGAAGAUAGAAGCCAACCUUGAACACUUAAAGGUACAGUGUGUUCUUGUGUAAAUUUGGCUGCAUUUCUUUUUUCUAAAAAACAUGUAGAAAGUGGGGAAUUGGGAACAAAAAGGCUUCCUGGGGAACAAGGCAUGCUGAGGAUUUGUAUGUGUUUUAUUUUCUUCACUGAUUUUCACUGUAGCUUUUCAAAUUGAGAUUGGUGGUGAAUUUUGUUCCAUGACCAGGAGAGUUCAGUUCAGUUGAAUUUUUCAAAGGGAAAGAAAUGAAAACCUUAAGGUAAUCCUGGAGAAAGAGAAGGCUUCAUGUGGGGACUGUGAAUGAAGGGAAAGAGUGAUUUUAGGAUCCAGUAUUGUGAGGUAUCAUUCAAAAUCUCAGGCAGCAAGGAGGCGGGGGUUGGAGCAGAAAAUCUAGAGGCUAAGAUCAGUUUCCAUUUACUGAAACGAGUGUGUCAAAAGCCACAGUUUCAGGUGAGAACUUCUCUGUAUCUUAGAGGCUCAAAGAGAGACAGGGACACUUUAGAUCUAAAGUUGACAAGCUAGGGAUUUGGCCACAGUGAAAUGAAAGUACAGGAAUAAAAGUAGGGGAAAAGAUGUGAAGACAAUGCAGCACCUUGGGAAGAAGGGCUGGUUGUUACAUGACGGAACCAGGACUAGGGCAGUGCUGUCAGAGGCAGGCCAGUUCCUUACAACCAACUGGAUGGCUCUUGCAACUUUUUAACAGUCCUAAGAAACCAAAGAGUAUUGUGCAUCAUGUGCGAGUCCAAUAUGAAGCACAUUUUUCUUUGUAAAUCGCAUUGAUUUUUUAAAAUAAUCAAGCGGUGUACACAUAUUAUGAAAUAAAUAAAAUAAGGGUUUAAGGGCUUAUUCUCUACAAUCUGUUUUUUAUCCUGGCACCAACCUGAAUAAAGACAAAACAUUGCAAGAUAGAGUCCAGUGAUGAGAGAAUUCAGCCUUUGCUUCAUCAGACUUAGGCUUGGCUUCCUGCUGCACCACAGAUGGAUAAGGUGGAGCAAUUAAUAUGUUUCAUUUUUCCAGACACAUGAUUGCUCCUGUGAGUGAUGCCAUGGGCUUAGGAUGUACAUCUGUAUUUAUAAGUCAGACUUCCUUCCUUGUCAGCUUUGCACUGUGGCUCAAAGAUACUCUGCUCACAGAUUACUAGGAAUGUGGUCCUUCUGAAUAAGACAGGAACUUUCAUGGAGCGUGAGGUGGACAUGUGAAAAUGCAACAUGGGAUUUGACUUGAGAGUCUUCCUGUGUCUCUUCUCCAUCUGGGAAAUGUGCUCAGUGACUUUUCACCUUCAAGAUGCUAGAAAGUGCAGAGUUUUGCUAGCACAGUAAUGAUUGUGUGAGAGUUGCUUCAGGAAGAUAUACAGAAGGCAAACAGGCCAAUGCCAAAGAGCUGCUAAAUUGGGAUGAGUGGUGUUCCUGUGGUGUAAAAAUGGCAUUUCUCUCUUCUGAGGCAUUGCCCUUCUGUCCUUGAUGGGCUGCUGUUUUCAGCUGCUGCCAAACCUGCAAGACCUUUUCCAUAUCUGGAGAGAAAACAAGUAAUAGCUUGAAAGAAUAGGAGAGGUUCUCUCAUCACUGGAGUUCUCAGUGAUAGAGGACUGAAUCUGUUCCAGAACUUGGCAUGGACACAGUUUCAGUGAGUCUGAUCUGAUUGCCUGUCUGCAAGUGAGCCACAGAUCAAAUGUGUGUUGGGUUGUAUCUUCCAGGAAGUGGAGGAGAACUAUGCUACUCUUCUUCAACAAAGGCUGGCUGGAACAGCCCCCACAGAUGAGCACUCAGGUAUGCCUUCCCCAUUCCCUGGGCACCUUCUAAACAGAAAUACAAGGGGAAACAGUUGUUAAUCUUUCUUGCAAAAGUUUUUAGAGCUUUCACUGCAGCUCAUGAAUUUUCAGGAAAAGUUGCUGGCUAUAAAACAUUCUAAUUCAAUACCUGGGUUUGCUGACAUUGUGCACCUUUCUCUUAGUGGAUUGUAUGGUAUAGGAGGUGCUCCCUUCCUUGCUGCUCAGCACUCAGUCCACUAAUAAUGUGAUAGUUCUAAGGGCCCAACAGAAGAUCUGCUGAUAGCUUAUUUCAGAGUUAUUUUUCCAUGUUCCAAUGGUCAUGAUUUACAAGCUGACCUGCCCCACCCAGUGUAAUAUGUUCAUUCUUAUGACAUUUUUGUAGCCUCCUAUUUGUAGAUAUGAGAUCUCUUAAGAAGCGUACAAUUCUAUAGGCACUUUUACCCCUCUCCUCUAUUAGCGUUAGUUAAUACAGUGGAUGUAUCUUCCAUCUCAACACCUCAUGUUCUUUUUGCAGCCUCAGGGAGCAGACAAAUGGAAAUAAUUGUUUGUGUUUUGUCUUUGGCUCACAUAUAACUGUUUAGUGCAGAGAUGCAUCUCCGUAAAGCACCAGAGCAGGGAUUGUGCACCUGCGAUAGAAACACCUGUGCAUAAGAUCAUAGUUCUCGGCUGCUACUUUAUAAUACUGUGUUCUACUUCCUUCCUUCUUUCUUUCUUUCUUUUUAGAUAAAAGUUAG